UUUUGCCUGUCAGGAUGAGGCGGCUGAGGCGGCCCAGGGCCGGCGGCGGAGGCUGAGGCGGCGGCCCCUGUUGUGCUCGCUCCUCUCCCCUCGCCUGACUUAGCGGGCCCGGCCUCGGCGUGAGCUGGCUCAGCCAUGGCCCAGCCCGGGGCGGCGGCAGAAGAGUCGUCGACCGAAGGUGAGGAGGAGGACGAGGAGGGGAAGCCCGGGCGCGGCCUGCGAAGGCUUACCUGGGCCUGGGGGGUCGCGUGUGUGUCUGUGGGGGGCGGGCAGAUGGCGCUGGGGAUGCAGGCCAGGGAGGCUUGGAAGGGGGGCGGCGGAAGUGUAGCCCCACCCCCAGGGGGGGUCUCCCCUCUCCCCAAUAUCAAGCCUCUGACACCCCCUGUUCGUGCCCCCCCACUUUUAAAUUGUCACUUCCCUUACCUCCCCCCCCAGUGGUUUCUCCUUAGCAGUCUCCUCCCUCCACAUCAAAGGACUAUUUCACCCCCCCACCCAAUCUCGUGCUUUACUUUAUUCUUCUCUCCCCCCCCCGCACGCCAGUAAUGUGUCUCCUUCUCCUGCCCCACCACGACAGGCAUCCCCAUGCAACUCCUUCUUUUGCUUCCCUAACCCUUACUUCUCCCUCCCCCCUCCUCGCAGUGCUAUCUCCUUAUCAGUCUUCUCCCUGUCUCGUGCUUUAUUUUAUUUCUCUUUUAUCCUCCCCGCCCCGCAAUUUAUCUUUCUCCUGCCCCCCCACCCCACCGAAGGCAUCGCCUUGCAAUUACUUCUAUGCACCCCCCCCCCAGCCUACUGGUUUCUCCUUAACAGUUUCAUCCUAUCUUUAAGGACUGUUUCUCUCCCCCAUCUUGUGCUUUACUGGUUCUCUCUCUCUCUCUCUCCCACCCACACCCACACCUAUUAAUUUAUCAUUUUCCUGCCCCACCACUACAGGCAUCACCACCCCCAGCCUACUGGUUUCUACCCUCAGUAGUUACUCCCUUCAAUCCUCACCUCAAGCGCUUUGUGUUUUUCUGUCUUACUCCCCUCAUGACGAAUCUCCUGAGUUUGUAGCACCUUAAAAGAAUAACAUUUAUUGUGGCAUUAAUUUUUGUGGAUUGGAAAUCCAACAUUCAAAUUACAGUUAAAAUAAUUGCUGGUAAAAUAUUCCACCACCACCUUUUUGCAGCCAUAUACAACCCAUUCCUUUAGCCUACUAAGCCCUGUGCAAAAAUGAGUCCAAUGUUCCAUGCAACAAAAACUUCAAGCUUUCCCCCUUCUGCACAGUGGGCAGCCUCAGUUCCUUUUUCCUUCAGCUUCAUGCUGUUGGCAGUUGCACAUCCGCAGCCCUGGGUUAUCCCAUGUUUCUGAAGUUGUGGUUGACCUGUAAGCCUUUGGUGAAAUGAACAAGACAGAUCCAGUGGUCGAAUUCUUCUUGGAGAGUAAAGGUAAAGGGACCCCUUACCAUUAGGCCCAGUCGUGACCGACUCUGGGGUUGCGGCGCUCAUCUCACUUUAUUGGCCGACGGAGCCGGCGUACAGCUUCCGGGUCAUGUGGCCAGCAUGACUAAGCUGCUUCUGGCGAACCAGAGGAGCGCACGGAAACUCCGUUUACCUUCCCGCCGGAGCGGUACCUAUUUAUCUACUUGCAUUUUGACGUGCUUUCGAACUGCAACGAGAGUCAAAAGGCUCUGUAGGGUUGGGUUGUGGAGUUGAAUUUUGAGGGAGAAGUGUGAGUGUGAAGGAAGAGUGUGUGUGCGCAUGCGCACACAUGCAAGUCCCAUGUGGUAGCAGAAGUGCUCUUUCUGUACAAUGAAACAGCUGUUAUUUUAGCUGGUGUGACACUACUAUUGAAGUGUGCUAAUGGGAUUUACCUGGAUAAGGAUGUGCCCAACUUUUGAAAAUCAAAUUUUAUGUGGUGCUAUCAUAAGCUACAUCAGCUACAUAUUUUUACAUUAAAAUAAAAUUUAUAUUAUGCAUAAUACAAUACAAUACAACAUAUUUAUGUUACUUGCAUCUCCUUAGGAAAAAGUCAGGUAAUGAGGGGCAUGAUAGAGGUGCAUAAGAUUCUAUAUGAUGUGGAGAAAGUGGAUAGGCAGGCAUUUUUCUUCCUCUCUCUUGAUACUAGAGCCCUGGACUGUCCGAUGAAGCUGAAUGUUAGAAGAUUUAGGACAGACAAGGUGCUUCUUCACACAGCACACAUUUGAACUGUGGAAUUUGCUCCCAUAAUUCCGUUCAACAAGAUGUAGUGAUGGCCAGCAACUUGGAUGGCUUUAAAAGAGGAUUACACAAAUUAAUGGGGGAUAAGGAUAGAAUUAAUGUUCUGCCUCCACCUUUGAAGGCAGUGAAUACCAGUUGCUGGGAACCACAAGUGCUGGAGUGCUGUUGUGCUCAGGUCAUGUCUUAAGGCUUUCUGUAGGCAUCUGGCUGGCCACUGUCAGAACACAUGGGUUGAACCAGGUGGGCCUUUGACCUGAUCUAGCAAGUUUCUUCUUAUAUCCUUAUUCCACUUAUCCACUACUGCUGGGCUCUCAAAGAAGUUUGCAAUAAUUAACAGAAAAGUAAAACAGCUCUAAAACAAUAGAUUGUAAAACCAACAAAUCAGAUUAAACUAACAAUGCAAUAAAAGUUGUUGCUACUGUUCAGUAAAAAAAUUAAAAGGACUUCUGAAGCAGGAAGAUCUUAACAAUUGUUCUAAAACAAGGAGUGAAUUGGACAGGCCCAAAGGAUUGAGUUCCUAAAGAAGCUGAGCCAAAACAGAAAAACUACCACUUUACACAUCUCCACCACUGAAGACACAUAGAGCAGGGCUUCAUCUGCAGAUUUUUAGAAGAUGCAGGUGUGGGAGACAUAUUUGAUAAAGGACAAAUACUAUUUAAUGUUUUGAGUGUAAUUACUAGCACUUUAAAUUUGACAUGAAGGCAAAUGGGCAAUACAGUCCUACCUCGGAAGUCGAACGGAAUCCGUUCCAGGAGUCUGUUCGACUUCCAAAACAUUCGGAAACCAAAGCACAGCUUCUGAUUGGCUGCAGGAAGCUCCUGCAGCCAAUUGGAAUCCACAGAAGCUCCAUCAGACAUUUGGCUUCCAAAAAUAGCUCGCAAACCAGAACACUCACUUCCGGGUUUGCGGCGUUUGGGAACCAAAAUGUUCAAAAAUGAAGCUGUUUGAAAACCAAGGUACGUGUUCUUCCUUAAUAAUAGCUACAUAAUGUUCUCUCUGGCUACAAUGGUCAGGAGUUCAGCUGCUGCAUCCUGGAUCAUAGGUAAUUUCUUCACACCAUUCAAAUACAGCCCCAUGGUAGAGUAAACUGCAUUAAUCCUGAACAGUGACACAAUAGUCAGCAGUCUCUUCCCAAGAAAAGGGCGGAGCUAGCAAACAGUACCGAACACUUGGUACCUGAGAAUCAAGUAGCAACACAGAGUUUAGGGUUAUGUGACUGACAAUACCUGUCAUGGCAAUAUGGAUUUAUUUCUAUGAGACUGUUUACCCUACUCAUCUAAUAAUAUACAUCACAAAGUACCUCAUAACAGAAAAUGGUGCUUCCAUCAUAGGCAGGACAGUGUGAAGGACCACUUCAUCAGAUCUUAGGCAGUAGGCAGGCUGUUACAUGAUAACGUGGUCCUUCAGGUAUCCAGGACUCAAGCCACUUAGGGAUUUAAAAGGAAUUACUAACACUGUGAAACCUGUAAACAAAUUGGCAACCAGUGCAGCUGUUGCUGGAUAGGUAUCUUCUUCUUACUUGUAGCAGAGUAAAAUUGUCUUCCAUAAACACAGUUUUAACAAUGAGUCCAUAAGUGACUGUGGAGGCCAAUUCUGGACCCACACGUCCUUCCACAGUGGGGACAUUGGUUCCCGGGCAGGAGUUGAUCACGGUGUGGAUUUGCCAAGCAUGCCUUCCUCUUAGCACGUUUCUCCCUUGCGUUUUGAAUUUGAGUGUCUUCAAAGUCCACGACACCUUUGGUGAAGGCAGUUCUCCAACUGGAGUGCUCGCAGGCAAGUGUUUCCCAGUUGUAGUACAGUGGUGCCUCGCAAGACGUUCCGCGAGUGUCUUCGUCUAGCGGUUUUUUCGUCUUGCGAAGCAACCCUAUUAGCGGAUUAGCGCUAUUAGCGGUUUAGGGGCUAUUAAAGGCUUAUCGGCUUAGCGGAUUAGCUGCUAAAAGGCUAUUAGCGGCUUAGCGGCUUAGAAAAGGGGAGCGAAAACAUCUCAAGACUCGCAAGACAUUUUCGUCUUGCGAAGCAAGCCCAUAGGGAAAUUCGUCCUGAGAAGCAACUCAAAAACGGAAAACCCUUUCGUCUAGCGGGUUUUCCGUCUUGCGAGGCAUUCGUCUUGCGGGGCACCACUGUAUAAGUUUUUUAGAUUUGCCUUGAGACAGUCUUUAAACCUUUUUUGUUGACCACCAGCAUUACACUUUCCAUUUUUAAGUUUGGAAUAGAGUAGUUGCUUUGGAAGACGAUAAUCAGGCAUCCGCACAACAUGACCAGUCCAAUGAAGUUGAUGUUGGAGAAUCAUUGCUACAGUCUUCACCAUACUGGUGCCUAGUUUUGGACUAAAACUCCAUCCAUCCACAGCCAGCGCAUCCUGGAAAGCACCAGGCUGGAUAGGCUUGUGUAAUGUUAUCCCAUGGGCCCAUUAACAUCCUUCCAACCAUUUUCUGGAUCACUUAAAAUUUCCUAACACUCUUCAAAAGGAAACUCAUAUAGGGUGCAUUACAAUAAUACAUCCUGAAUGUAAUUAAAGGAUAUGUUACUGUCGCCAGAUCUGACAUUCUCACAAAUGAUGCAUACUAGCCUAAGACAGGCAAAGACCCUUUGGGCCAUCACUGCCCCCUGUAUAUCCAAAUACAAUAGUACCUCCAGAUGGUGAACCAGAUUCUUCAAGGGAAGUACUAUCCCAUCCCAAAUGGACUGCAUCUCUGUUCUGCAGUCUGUUCCCUUCUGAUCAGAAUCACCUCUGUCUUGUCUGGAAUAAGCUUCUGUUUAUUGGCCCUCACCUAGCCCGUUUAUACCAGAAUAUAAAGAUCCUUUAGGUAGUCUUUUCUUUGGAGCUUCUUAAUAUGCCUGCUCUACUCUCCCUCUUCACUAGCUAUGUAAAGAUUUGGGAAGCCUAUUUUCAGAGGGAUGAAUCUGGAAAAGUAAGUAUGUGGGAUGAAGAGAAAGGAUGUUAUUUGAACAUUACUGUUCCUAAGAACAGCAGAAUGUGAAGUAUUAUACUGGGGCUGAAAACAUAAUAUAUUCAGUUUAUGCCUCUAUUAAAACUCUGUUAGUAUGAGUCAUCUUUAGUACUGGCUGGUGAUCUGAAUAAAUAUAUACUGAACCAUUCACAAUAUGUUAAUGCAGAGAGGGAGUGUAAAAUGUAAGCUUGUACACUUGUGGCUCCAGCCUAAGACUUUUGAGUGAAUUUAUGUGGAACAAUGUAGAACUUGCAACUGGAAUGGUACACAUUGAAGGUCCCACUGAGGCAUCAGUUUGCAAGGUAACAUUCUCAGUUCUUCUUCUAUGAAAAGUAAAAAAAAAAAAAAAGCACAUCAGUGAUAACCUGCUGGUGUUGUAGGAAUUUUGUGGUAGGUCAAUGGUAGUCAUAGAUUUAUUCAAGAAGAGUGGCUCCUUUACCUCUAGUACACUAAUUAAAAGCCUAUGGAAUAUCUACCUAUGUAUAUAAAGAGCAGGGGCCAGAAAUGCUGCAAAGAAUUUAGUUGACAGGUUCAUGUAAGAAAUGUAUCACUAAGGUCAGGGAGUUCACUUGGAUGAACUAAAUCCAGUGAAGUGACUUAACAUACUGUUUUAGAAUUGAAAGAGGUACUGUAUUUAUCUGGGCAGGUAAUUAUGAUUAUUUGUGUUUGGAGAGGCAGUUAUAACAACUUCUGUAAGAAAACUUUUACUGAAGCUUCAUAAUAUUAACCUAGGACAUUCUGGGGGAACGUUAGUUUAAUCACUUCAUGAUUGACCAGUGGCAUGUUUUUUGGAGAACAAGAAACAAAGACUGGAUAAUUCUUUGUAGGGGAAUGGAUGCAGUUAAGCAAAUAUCUUUAUAGACAGAGAAUUAGACUUGUUGAUCUUUACUUGUAGUGCAUUCUUAGCUGCCAAAUUAUAUUUUAUGCAGUACAUCAACCAAAUCUGAACUGAAAAGAAGAUUGAACCUUCAUUUUUGUUCAUUUGCAACAAGACCAGAACUGUUGUUCAAAAGCCUCUGUUGAAUGUUAACUGGAACAAAGUUUUUUUUUAUUGGUUUAGAAUAAGAAUUUGACAUUAUCACAUCCUUUAAAAAAUAUAUAUAUGAUUUUUAAAAUUUUCAGUGGCUGCAGUUGGAAUGACUCAUGAGGGCACAAAACUAUAUUUUAUCCCCCACUUUCCUCCAGUGAACUCAAUACUGCAUGCAUAGUUCUUUCCUCAACCUUUAUCCUUAUAAUAACCCUGGGAGGUAUGUUGGGCAGAGAGGUGGUGACAAACCACAAGGUCAUCCCCAUGAGUUUCACAGCUGAGUGUGGAUCUGAAUCUAGAUCUCCCCAUUUGUAGUCUGGCACUCUAGCCCAGGUGCAUGGAACCUGUUGCGCUCCAGAUGUUGUACUCAGCCCCAGCCAGCAGGAGUGGGGCUGGAUACAAGCAACAUUAUCUGAGUUGCUGGUAAGAGAUGCGUGAGGUUUCAACUACUGCCCAGCUUUGUAACUUCUUCAGCCUAAGUUUAUAAAAGUUACUCACUUGCCAGCCCACAUGUAUAGAUUAGUCAUUUCUGGCACAUGGGUGGCCUGAAAAGGUCGUAGGAAGAACCACAGUUUAAGAGUUUCCCUGCCUACUUGCCUGAAGGUGACACCACAGGUGGGUAGCUAUUUACGGGUCCUGGUAUACAGUGUUAGAUGGUAGUGGUGGCCGUGUAUAGGUCAUCUUACAAUGUGAAUUUUAUUUAUUUGAAACAUACUGAUAUCAUCCUUCAUUCUGUUUAGAGUUUUAGGGCAUUGUACAAUUUAUUUCAGGGUGGUGACUGUAAUUCAGACUUGCAGAUUAGGCUUGAGAAGGAUGCUUGCCCAGCAUCUGCUCUGGUCACCUAUCUCUUGUAUAUCACAGCAGCUGGUUGCACUAGUUCACAGAGAGCUGGACUUCAUGCAUAAUUUUCCCCAGAAUGUCAAAUGAUGGUGGGAUGGGGGCUGGUACCCUGCCACCAUUUGCAUGGGACCUGAUGGGUCCUGGUUCUGAGGCAAGCAAUUGCUCUCUGGCGUGCUUCUCCUGAAGGGAGGCCAGCACUCACAAAAUUGUUCCCUGCCAUCACCACCACCUGCUUUGGGUCAGUCCUGGCUUCAAGUGUCCCUGUUUUCUUUUCUUUUUUUUUAGAUGAUAUUUAUUGAAAAAAAUUUUAAAAUUACAGAAAAAGACAAAGCAGAGAAAGAAAAAAGAAAAAAGAAAAAGAAAACAAGCCACAUCCAACAAUACAAAUUCAAAAAACAAAAAUACACCACAAACAGAUAAAAAUAAAACCAUCAUUCUCAAAUCUUCAACUUUCAUUACCUUCUUUCUUUGACCUCCUCCUCCUCCCUUUUUUGUAUCCUAGUUAAUAAUUAUCGCAGCAAAUCCUUUCCAUAUUUCAUAAUAUUCUGUCAUUACAUUACCUUAAUCUAUUUUCAUCUUAUCUUAUAAAAACCUUAAAACUUAAAACUUAAAUCUUAUUUUUACCCACUUCUCAUAACCAUAAUAUUCUUGCCUAAUUCUUUAAACAUUUUUGCUAGAGCCAAGUAAUUUCGUUCCAACAUUUUUCUAACAGUCAUCAAUUUUAUAAAACAAUCCUAGUGAUAAAAAAUUGAAAUAGAAACAAUCCAAUCUUCAUCCAGCGUCCCUUCCUCCUGGUCCCGGGUUUUGUCAGUCCUUUUAUCCCAUCGAUCUAGCGCAUUAACCUGGUAACCUUAUAUCCGAGGCCCUUAAGUCUCUUCCAUGUCCCUUCCGCAGCUCUUCUUCAUAUUCACCUUUCACUCGUGGGAACUCCAGCUUGGUAAUGUUUUUGACCCUUUUCAUCAAAUCAGCCCCUUUUCCAUAGUCCAGACUAAACUCCAUGUGGUAUUUAAAAACAUGUUUCAGAAUCCCUCCAAAAUUCAGAGCCCCCACAGCUCCAAACAUUUCACGGCCCAUUGCCAGACUUGGAAAGUCCAAACAUCCCUGCAUAGGGGGGUCUAUCCAACCCCCCAUUUCCAAACCAGUCCAAACUUUAUCUUUCCAAAUCUGGCUUUUUCCAAGUUCAUUUGUCAAAUCCAAAAGCUCAUGUUCCUGCUGGGCCGCAGCUCCCUCCAUCUCUGGCGUCCAAGAUUCCGCAACAUCCUCUUCUCUCAUCUGUUCUGUCAGGGCACACUCUGAUUUAAUUCCUGGGUGGGCUCCAUAUAGUUUCCCACUGCCUGUUCAAAAUUCUGACCGCAUUAGUCAUCAAAUCCGUCUUCUCAGUUAACUGUUCCAGUAGGGCAUUUGUUUUACAGAGAGCACACAACAGAGCUUCUGAAUACAUUGUCCUACAAGGUCACAAGCCUAUUCCCACGAUUGUAAUCUGUGACAGCUGCAAGCUCCCUGGAAUUAGUUACAGUUUCCCAGUCUCCCUCUAGGGGGAAAACUUCUAUUUGUUCUUGCAACAAAGUUUCUUUUUUGAGAUAUUUUGUCAAUAUUUGUUCCUUUAAAAUGCGAAAGGAAACAGUGGAAUCACUAUGUUUCUCUUCUUUUAGCUAUCUGUUAGCUGUUUGUCUCUGGUCAAUGAGCUUCAAACGUCAGUCCUGACACCCCGCUCCAGAAUCAGGACGGUGGAAAGUUACUUUACUUUAAACUCACUUCUGCAGGUUUAAACAGUCCGAAAAAGAUCCCCCUUCUUCUCCUGCUGCCGAAGGGGGGUUCAAGAAUUUUAAAUGAUGAAAGCCAAUCCUUUAGAAGCGAUUUUCUGAGCUCUAGUUUACGUUGUCUUUGCUUUAUUCUGUCUACAAAGAAACGGAAGGCUGACUUCCUGUUUAGACCUUCCCGUUUCAGUACCAAAUUGAAGUAAAUUUUUAAGUCCAAUUCCUUUCUGCUCGCAAGUCCUUAUUUAAAGUCCAACUGUUUAAAGUUUAAGUACUCACGGGUACUUAUUUUAGAAACCAAAUUGUCCCAGGAAAAAGGCAGCGCUCUCCGGCAACGGCUAUGCGGCUUCGCUCCACGGAAAUAGCAGUUGACUCACAGCACUGCGCCACUUCCCCCUCUGCGCGCCGGAGCCCGGUAGUGGGUUCCUUUGCGGGUUGGGGGGGGCGCUAAGGGUGCCUGCCGAGUCCCAUGGUCACAGGCUUCAUCCGCCUGUGAUUUUUAAAAGGGUCCCCGCUUCGCCGUAGCGGAAAAGACCCGUUUCGCGCGGAGCUAGUCCCUCCAGUUCAGAGGGAGUCCACCAUUGCCGAUGGCGCCACCCCGGAAGUCUCCAAGCGUCCCUGUUUUCUCCCCAAGGUGAUUGGGGUAGCAGUGCAUGUAACACUACUAUAGCAGCAUGUUGGCUGAACUUCUUGUCUCUUUUCAAACUGAAACGAAGUGUUUCAUUUGAGUGAAUCACAGGAUUUAAUGUGUAUUCAGUUCGUUGUUCUUGUGAAGCAAUUAAGUGGAGAAAGUUAAAUGAAUGCAGUUUAUGUGAAGUUGCUUGUUAUGACUGAUUGGAGCUUCAUAGAUUUAUUGUGUUUGUGAUUCAGAAAUUUUUGUGGGCCUUGCUGGCCAACCAAAAAUUUGUAGUCGCUAGCAACCUGCUCUCUCCCAAAGGAAAGGAUUGUGUCCCUGGCUUAGUGCUAUGUCCCUAUAUACAAUGUCAAGGGCAAUCUUCUAUUCUCUUCCUCAACUCCAAACUUGGACCUGGAUAGCAGGGUGAGGUAAGGAUUGCUCCUACAGUUACAUUGCUCUUCCAAAGUAUUUGGAAAAGCAGCAGCAACACAAGCCCCCUUCUCCCUUCUUCAGGGAGUAAGUCUGCAGUAUAUCAGUUUGUUGCUGCACUUCUAAGGUGCUUGGAAUGCUUUUGAAAUGCAGUGCCAAAACUGUCCACAGUCCUUCUCCUGAUCCUUGAGGUGUGGGGUGGGGAAUCAUUCCCACAGUUGCACUGGGUUUUUUUAAAGGAUUUUUGCAGCUAUUAUAAUGACUAUCCUACUUUCUACCUCUGAGAUUGGCUUGCCCCAUUUGUGUUUCAUUUCCCCAAAUCUGUUUCUGUAGUUUAGAGGUCAAUGUGUAUCUUCAUGUAGCCAAAAUGGCACUAUCUAUGCACAAGAGAGAAAUAUUAACAGACUUUAGGGAAACCUCAAUGUUUGCAAAAGUACCAAAAAGAAGAAGAAUAAAAGUGCUAAGGGGUGUUUUGUUGUUGUUGCCAAAACAGUUUAGUAGGAACUGAGUGUGGCAGUGGACUGCUGACAGACUGUUGGGAGAGAAAAGGAAAAACCAGGUGAGAAAGAAGAUGAAAUGGAGUAUCAUGGAUGAGGGCAUGGCUGGGUGGAUGGAUGGAACAAGAGCAUUCCACCUUGCAGUAUUUUCUAGCUUUCUGACAUUUUGGGUGCCUACAAGGAUUUUUGCAAUGCUGGAAAGCAAUAGCCAAAGAAUAAAAGUGAAAUAUGCAGCAGAUCUUUUUGUCUUAUAAUUGCUUUCAUAGCAAAAGCAACUUCUUUAUCGGAAAAUGUGGAUUUUGUUCUUAUCAUCUCCUGAAGAAGAAGAGCAACAUUUUUGUCCAACGGCCUGUCCAGCUACUAAUUUUGUAUGUUCUUUGCUUACUUCAGGAUAUCUUCAGGGUGCUGUGCAAAAGCAGUAGUGAAUUCCCUGGGUGUACUGUAGCCUUUAUGUAAAAGCUUUAUCAUUCUCUAUAAUUACUAGGGGGUAUGGCUGGUUCAUCCAUGAGGCAAGGUGAGGCGACUGCUUCGGUUGGCAGGAUCCUCUGGGGCAGCAGAUCCUGAUGUUGAUUUUCUUUCCUCUCUUCUUUCUGAUGUAGAUCUUCCCUCACUCCUUCUUCCCUGGCAGGAAGUGGGGUACCAUUUUGGGAUCUGCUUUAGGUGCCAAAAUGUAUUGGGCCAGCCCUGCUUGGGGGGGAAACAAUGUAUUCUAUAUUAUUAUGAGCUGGUGAUUCUAAGACCCACCCUCACAAGUUCUGUAGUUAUCUCUUCCUGCUGUUGCUGCUGUCCAGUUAUUUGUAAUGUGACUGGGUGUUUUAAGAGAGAAAAAAAUCAGAUCUUCCACCCCCUCAACCACACUCCUCUGCUUGCUCUCCAGCAUCUCUCCCAUGCACUGAGAAGCUUGGGCAGAAAUGGAAGGGGCUCCGUUUCUCCUGCCGCUUUGCUGAAGAGCCGCUGCGCAGAGAGGGAGAGAAUAUUUUUUUUCUUGUUAUCCUCCUCUAAAACUAGGUGCGUCUUAUGGUUGGGUGCAUCUUAUAGAGCGAAAAAUACGGUAGCCAUUACUACAGGUGAUCUUAUAUUCCUCUAAAUAGAGGAAUGUUUCUGAAGGAUGAUUUUGCUGUUCUCUUUGUGCAAUUGCCUAUACAUUUUGCGCAGUUGCUUAUACAUCAUGGUGAUAGUGGGGAUAAAGUAGAGUUAAAGAAAACCAUGUAUAUAGUGUGUUCCUGUUUUUGCUAGGAAAUAAUGGACAAAGAUCAGAGUCUUAAUGAUGGAUUCACAGGAUUUCCAGCCAAAGGUUUUCUAUGUACUGGGAAAAGUGAAAAAAGGAAGCCUGCCCCUCUCUAGUUGAGUGCAAUUUUCCACCAUGCCUCCAUAGAUGAUUACUGUAUGUGAGCAGUUUGAUUAGUACUAAGCAACUGCAUGGUGGAUGUGUGUAACAGUGAUAUAGAUCAGUUUUAGAAACUGAGAUAUGAAAGCUAAAAUGGCACCUUAAACCCAGGUUGUGGGCACAACAAUGAAAUGUCUAGGCGUGCUUUUUUAUAACAAAAAUACAAAGCUGAAAAUGAAUGAACUGCAGCUCUCUGCAGUUUUAAUCUGAAAUCUUAGGCACAGUACUGCGCUCAGAGCUCAGAAACUGCUCGUGCUAAUGAAAUUCCCUGUUGCAAAACGCACCUGGAACAAUGGGAGUUUUGAACAAUGAUAUAGAUAGUACGACUUCAGUGCAAAGAAGAGAGCAGGAUGAUUCUUGCAUACAUCAGGACUUUCAACAGCUCUACUGAGUCGUCCCGGAAGCUAUCAAAGCAACUUCAGGAAUGUCAAAAGCAGCUCCUGAUGUGAUACAUGGGGUCAAAUGUAUGCUCAUUUGUCCCUGGGCUUACUGGAUUUGGGCUGACAUGUUGGAUGAGGCAGCAUGGAAGCCUUAGCAGCUGCAAAAUAGUUUGAUAGGCCAUGAAACUCAUUUGGGAAGGCACUUGGACAAGUCAUUUUCCUGUUACCAUAACCUACCUUUCAGAGCUGGUAUGAAAAUAAAAUGCUGCUCUGAUGUUUGGAUGUUAAAUGUGGUCUGCACAUUUAAAUAAUAAUACAGUAUGGUAAACAUUCAAAUGGAAAUAAACUGUGCUAUAUCCAACUCUAAUUGGAGUAGUCCCACUGAAGUUGAUACACCUAAGUUAGUCAUGUCCAUUAAUUAAAAUGGGUCUCCUCUGAGUAGGACUGACAAUGGAUGCAACUCCUUUCAGCCAUGGAAAGUCCAGAUCUUCACAUAAGACGGCACAUGACAAAGACUGAGAUAAAUACUGUUGAAUCUUUGGUUUAGCAGACUUGCUUCUUCCUUCUUCCUCUGUUGUUGAUGAUGACUUUGCAGCUGGGGUAUGCAUUUUUUGUCCUCAAGAAGUGACAAUUUCCCCACAGUGAGAAACACCAUGUAUUUUUUCACUCCUGUAGUUUUAGUCUUUAGCCUCUUGGUUUUCAUAAUAUGGUGCUUGAAGGGUACUGUACUUUGCUGGUAUCAGCCAGUUACUUUGGGCAGUGGACAAGCUCUAUUCAGCCUUGCAGUGGCAAAUACAGACAUUUGGGGUCUGUAACUUGAAAGGUUUGUCAUCUUGACAACCUUCUUUCAAACAAAUAUGUGGGAGGGAGGUGGGGCUGCUCAUAUUAAUCCCUAGAUUCCAGUAACCUAUGGAAACAUGUUUAUCUCUAAGAAAGUGCAUCUUUUUCCAAAGCUAUCAGGUGUUCAAGGACAAUGACAACAUCAUUCUCUUAAGAAUUUAAUGAAGUUAGAGCUGAUGCUCAUAGGGUUCCAAACUGAAAGGAAAGGCUAUUAGUUUUAAAGUGCAAGGUUCUGAUCUGUUGAUUUCUCUUCUGUGCCAAGGAAAUAUAAAAUUCAUGUGUGGAAUGAAUUGUUUCAGUUAAGUGGUUCUGUAUGGUGUAGUUUCAAAAAAUCACCACUAAGUUUUUAAUUUGUUUGACAAAAGCAGGAAGGAAACAUAGAGAGAUCAGGAACAGUUUGGCUGUAGAGAUAGGAAGGAAAUGCAGAAAACUGAAGAUCCAGCAAAAAUCUUUGUUUCUUUAGGAUCCUCUUCAAAUCUGUGAAUUUUAACAUAGACUGGAUAGAAUUUACAGUUUUUAGUUCAUAACCAGGAGCAGAUUGGUAAACACAAACCCUGAAACAUUCUCCCUUCUCCUACUGAGUGAUUUAGCCUCAGUGGUUAUAAGUUGGAAAUACCACAUCUUGCUCUUGAACACUUCUUAUGCGAAAGUCAUUUGUAAGAAACCCUUGGUUUGCCUUGUGACUGGAUCCAGUUGAGCAAGUAUCAAGUUCUUCCUUUGGAUAAAAAGCAUUGAAUAACCAGAUUGUUGAUCCCUGGAUAAGAAGCUUGCCCCUUUCUCCUGAAACUAAUUUUACUUGUUUUUUAUCAUAUUAUUGCACUGCCAAAUAUAAAGUUGUCUUAUGAAAGCCCCUAUGCAGGUUAGUUAGCUGUUUGUAAUAUGUUUAAGAUAAUUGUGAUAACUGUUGUCCCGUGGCUGUUAUUUUAAAAGAAAGCCAGUACCCUAUACAUGUAUUUUUCUUCAGGAGAACCCAUAAAUAUACUUUGUAAGGCAGUAUGACCCUUGUUUUUUGCUUAUCUAUUAUUAGUUUGCCUAAUGACCCAGGACAGCAUAAUACAAUUUGUACUGGCACACAUGAAGCAAAGCAUUCUUGUACUUAAACAAAAAACCAAAGAUUCUCUACAUUGAUGUAAAAGUUGGCUAGAAAGCAGUUUGUGGCUUUCUAGGUCUCUGCUCAUCAUAAUAUUGUUAGUAUAACCUCAUUUUCAACUUUAUUUCUCCCACUGUGAUUUAAGAGAGGAACAAAGACAGUUGUGCUGUUGAAAUAACGAGAGAUCAUAUUCUACUAUCUUCAUAUGCUUGCAAGCUGCUGCAUUAUAGCUUGUGAUAGUUUGUAACCUCUGCUCACUGGGCAAGUUGACUGCCCUGGAUCUCUUGCAAAAUACCAGGUAGCUACUAGUGAUCAGGAAAUGUAAGUGAGUAGCCAGUAAGAGAAGUUUUACUAUGCUUCUAGGUUUGCCUGUGUCUAUUGCAGGUCUGGGGGGGCAAGCAGCUCUUACUCAUUCCCUUGGGAACAAAUGGUGCUAUAAUAAAAUACAGAACUGGGAAGCUGCCAGCUACAUAGGGGCAUUCAUGACAUAAUGGAAUAUCUGAAAAUAUUUGACUGUGGUCAGAAAAGAAGUCAACUGAUGGGCAUGCCAACCCCAGCCUAUAUGAAUCUUGACACCUUGCAAAAUUGGAUGAGGGGAGAAUACUACACACCCUUCUCAUAGUAGCAGAAUGGCCCCUUUGUGGUCAAAGGUGUUGGGCGAUAUGCGUGUGAAGAGAUUUACCAAAGAUUUCUACCCCCACUCCCUUUAAAGCCUAUACAUAGAAAAAAUGAAUAUUCAUAGUAAAUGUGUCUAAAUUGUGUUGGACAACCCAUUUUUUAACGAUUCAUUUAUUUUAUAUUAUCUGGUUUAAAAAUGUGCUAUCCUAUUUGGUUUCUGUGCUUGAUGCACAGUUUAGCUCAUUCUCAUUUCUGUGUUUUAAAAUUUCUGAAGUGCUGUCUUUGAGCAAAAAGUGUUCUUUCUGUGUCUCAUCCAGCCUCACAACAAUCCUGUUUGCCUGGCUGCAAAUUCAGUCUGUCAAGUCAUCGGAAACCCAAUAAAGCAAGCACCUAUUGUUCCCAUGGAACUGAGGCCAUGGGAUACUUGCUUAAAGUUGUCCUUAAAUAUAUAUGAGUAAAACUCUUAUUACAAAGAGUAUGCAUCCCAUAGUGGGGUUUUUUUUUUUGCUAAUGGAAGCAGUUCCACAUUUGCAAGGCAGGGCCCUUGAUUUUUGCCCAGCUCACCCCCCUGCCCCACCCCUCGUGCCUCUCAAAACUUCUUUUGAGGUCUGGGGUACCCUCUGGAACAGUAUGGGAAAUGACAUAGAGAGCUGCAAUUGGGAACAAGACUGCUAACUCUGUUGAUGGUUAUGUAGCUUGUUUUGCUGCCUGUAAGAAGGACAAAGCAGUUUAGUAAUUUAUCCAAAGGGAACCUCAUGACAGGUAUGUAAGCUGUUUCUGAUUUUAAGGUUAGUACUUCCACACACACCCAUGUUGUCCCCCCUGAAUAUUUUAUUUGACCUUAACUGGAUUGUUACUGAUGCAUAGACAACCCCCUUCCCACCUACUUGCUUAUAGACUAACCCAGUACAGUGGAACCUCGUGUUACGUACUGUCCUCCUUGCGAAUGCUUCGAGUUACAAGCUCCGCUAACCCGGAAGUAGAGGCUCCUGGAUACGAACUUUGCCCCAGGAUGCGAGCGGAAAUCGCACGCUGGCAGCACGGCAGCAGCUGGAGGCGCUAUUAGUGAAAGUGCGCCUCAUGUUACGAGCGGUUUCGGCUUACAAAUGGACCUCCAGAACGAAUUAAGUUCAUAACCGGAGGUACCACUGUAUAAUAUAUACAGGUAGGCUGUGGAACUGUUUGGCAUUCAUGGAGCUGCUACAAAGUAAAUGGGUUGGUUGCUGAAGUUCUGAUCUUUCUAAGCAUGGGUGCUACCAGCUCCCUCACAGUCAUUUAAUACUACAUCAGUAACUGUCUCCUCUCGUCCCUCUGUAGGAUCCUUGUGUUCUGAGGAAUAGCUGUGCAUGUAUCAUAUAUGGGCCUUUGCUAUUGCCGUUGUCUUAGAAUAAGUGACCAGUCCCUGUAUGUGUUUUCUCCCUGCUUGGUAUAUGGUUAUGCAGUUGCAUUGGCCUGGUAUUAUAGAAGAAUACAGAAUCAAGGGGGGCAAAGGGGUCUGUUGUGGGAACAGGAAUGACACAGAAGCGCAUGUACAUUGCUGGAAGGCAAAGCAAUGCAAAGCAAAUUAUCUGGUAGCAAUUCACAUAUAAAACACACAAAGCAUUAUCCAGUUAAGUUGGCCUUGCUCUGAAUAUUCAUGUUUUUUUCUCCGAGUUAAAUCAGGCGAAGUCAAAUUGCUUCACCUCUAAACUGAAUGUUCAUACAGAGAUUAAUAUGAUUUCAUUCCAAAUCUUUAGUUAAUCUAGAUUAUUAUCCUUGUUAAUACAAGCCCUGAGGGACUUUCUUUCACCCAUUAACUGUUUUGAAAGAGACGACUCAAGUUACUGUAUGACUUAAAAAAUUUUUUAUUGCCUCCUACCCUAUGAAAACUACCCAAGACUGUUACACAAUUUAGAGCUAUGGUAGCAAAGAGAGAUUGACAAGAAAAGCAAUAUAGCUUCAUCAUCUCUUUGAAUGAUUAUGUGUGCAUAAAUCCUCAUAACUGAGAACCAAAAGGGUGAUGGGAGCAUAGCCCAUUUGAAAUCUGAAUUGUGGGUGAGAAUAUAUUCUUCUAGGCCUUGUGGGGGGGCAAGUCUAAUUUUUAUUAAGAAGAAAACUAAAUGAAACAGAAUCUUCCUGCUGUUAGAAAAUUUUCUCACUUAAUUUGUGGGCCAGUUUACAUAGGUAGCUGAGAUGGCAACUAGUUUAUAGUACAAACUUUGGAGAUGGUUGAGGGCUUCUCUUGCCUUCAUGCUGCUAGGGAAUCCUGACAGAGGAGAGCCAUUCUCACACAUGUCAGACAUGUGCUUCCUUUUAUCCUGAGGCUUUAAAGCGAUGAACAAGUUUUAUUUUUUGAUUAAACAUGCUUUGUGCUGCAAAUGCUGUGAGUUUUCCAGAAGCAAAUGCUGGCAGUUACUGGGCAAAAUUGUCUAUGAGAUGGAAAGCAAAUAAUCCAUUCUGUCUAUUUCAGUCAUAAAUAAAUAAUUUGAGGCAGAGGCACAAUACAGGGCUCCAGUAGGUAAAUGAUGUAAUUGAGGGGCAUGGGAUUAUCAUAGUGGUCCUAUUGCAUGAUCCCAAAGAGAUACAGGAUGGUAUCUUAUGGAUCAUACUGACUAUGAUGAUUUGAUAGCUCUAGGGCCUGGCAUACUUCAGUAAGGCUCAGCUGGGCAAAGGCAAGACUUGUUUAUCAGCUUUGGCAUAAAAUGGCCUGUAGAUCAAUACUUCUGGAAUGUUAUAUCUUUGGUUCCUGAUUUCAAAGUCACCCCGGACCUCUAAUCACCUUAAUAGGGUGAAGGCUCAAAACAUUUUAUGUGUGAAAGAUGUGCAUGAAGAUUGCAAACAAAAACUCAUUGGUUGCCUUGCAAUUGCCUGGAGGCCAUCUGUGUGGUGUGCUGCAAUACAUCUAUCAUCCUUCAAAUGUGGCAUAGAACUCAUUGUUUUGUAGCCAGCAUAGCUACUCUUCUGGACUAUUGUUUCAAUAGAUGGCUUUCACAGUCUUCAUUCAGAAUGUUUGGUCCAGCUACACUUAAGUUGUUCUGAACUUGUGAUGGCUUGUUUUGUUCUUGUUGCAUUCAGGAAAAAUGUCUGUAUUGUGAAUUUGGAAUCUGACUGUGCUCAAAAAUAAUUCUAUGGAUAAUUAGCUGUGCCUAAAUUCUGGAGUGGCCUUCAUGUACUUUGAAAAACUAGAAACUUUAGCAUAGUUGCCAUUGAAAUCUGGCCAGUUUCAAAUAUACUGGGUAUAGCUGACAUUAUCUAUCUAUAACAUCUGUUUCCCAGUUCUUUGCGUAUGUGAAAGACUUUUGUUUUCCCUCCUCCAACUAAGUUCACAAGUAGAGCAGUCCAAAUGAGGCAAAGGAGUAAAACCCCAGGACCAUGAAAUCCAGAUCUGUGCUGGGCUCAUGUCAACAGGAUGGAAGGUGGAGAGGAAAUGGUGUUUCUCCUAUUACUUUUCAUGCCUUUUUAAAAGUGUGGUUUUCCUUGUCCUCAGUCUUGGCCGGAACAAGUGUUCCUGCUCCAGGGACAGAGUAUAGCAUCUCUCAUCUAACCUGACCUGCUCUCAGAAAAUCUUCUUUAUGUCCUCUGUGUAGUGUCCACAGCUGCAAGGAGGAGCUUCAAGUAGGAGGCUGUCCCAAGGCCAUAGGAUUCUGCCCUAACAAAAGUUAGGCAGUCAGGCAAUUAUUUCCUCAUUCCUUCCAUCCUUGAAAGAAGUGGUAGUUGAGAUUUGGAUUCCAGGAGUGAGUGGGACAAGAAAGCAUGAGUGGAGAGUUCAUGAAUCUGAAAGAAUGGGAACUCAUGAAGCACCUUUACCAAAGCCCCUAACUCCCAAGAUUGAGUUGACCUAAAGACUCUUUAAAUCUGAAUUUUAUUUUGCUUUUCUAAUUAGGCACAAAUGCCGAGUAUGCUUAAACUAGAGCUGUGUCUAGCACUGAACUGCCUGAACUAAAUCUAGCUUUCAAAUAAGCAUUUUCUCAGUCUCUUCUUUCACCUACACUUUCUUAAUUGCUAAAUUAAUUGAAAAGCAUCACUCAGAACUUGUGGGAGGAAUGAAGUCUGUUUUUACUUCUCAUAGCACAGUUCAGAAAGUGUUUCAACAUACUUCAUUAUGCUUAACCAAUUUACAAGAAGACUGCUACUUAAAAAGAGCUCUUCUCUAGGUUAGGUUAGAGUAUGAGGAUUUUGGUUUGGGUUGUGAGCCAGUUCCCUUAUUUGCUGUUUAUCCUGGUGCUGGCACACAUCUUUAAGAUGUGGCAUAGUCAAAACUGGUUCUUGUGUUACUCAGCUGGCCAGUUGAGGGCCAGGAGAAUAAGAAAGGAAGUUGUCGUGUGUGUGGUGUGUGUGUUUCCUAGCCAAAAGUUAGACCAGAGAUGGGGAACCUAUAGCCCUCCAGGUGUCGGGUCAGAUUGACCAAUGAUAGGAAUCGGGAGUUGUCAUCCGGCCACAUCAGAUGGGUCACAGGUUCCUCAUCCAUGGGUUUGAGCAACAGUUUGGCUCCUGAACAGCUGUGAACAGAGUGAGUUGUAUACCAUGAAAUGCACUUCCUUUUAUACUCUCUCUUCUCCAGCCUCUUCAUAGCUUGUCUCCUUCCUGAGGUCAAUAUCUCCUCCAGAUUCCAUGUUAUGAGGGCUCAAGUAGAAUUUAAGACUUUGGGUGGUAAGAGAUGUUCUAUGCAAGGGGGGGGGGGAGAAAAAGGAAAAAGUAGUAAUAGUUAGGAAUUCUUGAAUUAGAACAGGUCAGCUGUCAGCCCUCCUGUUCCUCAAGUGUCAUCUGAGAGCUGCUGUUCCAUCUGUCUGCCUCAGUAGGAGAGGUUGGAAUCAGGGCUCAUUCUACCAUCUUUGCCAAAAGCCCAGCUCCAUCAGGUACCUGCUACCACUGAACCAUGCAAGCUGGUCAUUACAAGAACAACUAUUUAAGAAUGAGUGCCUGAGUUUGAUUUCUUUUCCUCGUUCCUUCCUUCCCCUCUUGUCUUGUGUGUUGUAUUUUUUAGACUAUAAACCUGUGGUCAGGGCCUGUCUUGUUUUAAUUAAUUGUAUGUAAGCCACUCUGGGAGCUUUCUUGGCUGAAGAGCAGGGUACAAAUGCUCCCAGUAAUAAGAAGUCUGCUUCAGAGAAACUGGUAUGACAAGCUUUUUUUGGACAUAAAAGCAAAGCAAAAUGAGAGAUACUGUGAAUUGUAGGAAAUAAGUUUUCCUAUGUAGCAUGAAUUUUGUGGGCCCCAUAGCAACCUCAUUCCAGUGCUUAGAAAGCAUCUUGUUCUGUGUCUCCUGUUUCAGUCAGAUGGUAUUGCAUUAGUGCCCUUGGCCUACCAAGCUUUGUUUACUAUAUACAUAGCCACUGUAAUUACAUAUGGAAGAUUGUAAUACAUUGAGGAAUUGUGAGAGUACAGCUGCACAAAUAUUAAGAUGGAAAAAUACAUAAAUAGUGACACCAAUUUUGUUUCAUAUUUCAGAUCGUUCAGAGAGGUUUGGGACAGUCCUCUGUUUCAAUAUGCAUGUCUGAUACUAUUUUGGCAGAACAGUUACUUAACUUUGGGAUGUUUUUUCCUAAGUCACUUUGACUUGAGAAUUCUCAUGUUCCCCAGCCUCUAGUUUAACCCUGAUAUUUCUGAGUGGCCCUAAGUAAGUCUCUUAAUCUCAGCUCCUUUAUACCUUGGGAACUGCAGGGGACCAGGAUGUCGAUAGAAAGAGUGUGGUGAUAAUGGUGUUUUUGUUUCUCCAUGAAUUGACUGAAAACCCAGAGAUAGCUGCUUGGAAUAUAAUAUAGUGCAUGGCAUGAUAGGGCCUAAAUGGGCAGUGCUGUGAUAUCUAAUCUGCCUGUAUCUCUGUCCCAAUUACGUAUGAAAAUUGCCUACCUGGCAAGGUUGUCUCUGGCCCCCAGCCCCCACAGGGUAUUUGAUGCCCAGAAGCAGGUGCCCAAGGGAAUCAGGCCCUCAGGUAAAAAAAGGUUGUCUGGUCUAAUUUAGAACAUAUCAAAAGAAAUUUGAGAGCAUGAUGCUUACAAUUAAUAUUAUCCUAUAGUAGCCUAAAGGUGGAUGGUGUUAGUACCUAGAAAUCCAUGUACACCAACUUUUAUACCAGACCCAAAAGACCCAGAAACCCCUCACAGUUCUGACAGGUACUCCCAUAUGAAGGCAUCUAGAACAAGGGGGUAUAGCAUGGCAGGUGGAAGCAGCCUUCUCCUGAUAGCAGCCACCUUCUCUCUGGUUGAUAGAGGCACCAUAGAGGAGAUACAGAGCUUUAAGGUUUAGAAGAUUGAAUAGAAUAGGUGUGCAGGUGCUUCUCUUCUUAAAGAUAGCAUGCAUGCUUGCUGUAUGAACUCAUUUCUGAAUUCCCCCCCUAUUAUAUAUGAAAUGGGUAUUUAAUACUUCAAGGUGCUUUAAGUGCAUUUGUUAAUUGAAAGUUUUACUGCAGGGUUUAGCAGGAGCCAAAGUGGUGCUCAGAAUAGAAACAGGAUACAAGCUGGUUAAUUUUUUGUGGUUAAUCUACUUGCCUAGUGUGACUUAGAACUUUUAAUAUUGGUUGGAAAGGUAUUAUUGUGAGGUGGAGGAGGGGUAGGCUGUACCUGGUAUCCUAAUUCCUGGAUCCAACAAGAAUUCAAUUGCUGGAAUAGCCAGGCAUGUUUCUUGGUAAUGACCUAAGCAUGGUUCUUUAAGGUAAAUGAAAGAAGUGGCUUUGUGCUAGAGGGUAAGUGGGUGGACCCCCCUCCCUCAGAUUUCUGGUAGUUAGAAAGACAAGGCUGUAGUUGAGAUGUGUGAGUUAGAAGCUAGAAGCAGGCUGCUAACUGGGCAGCUGAGAGACAAAGCCAUGCCUAAUUUCUGGUAGAAUCAAAUGCUGUGGCCAUGGGAGAAGCAAGACCCUCUUGGGGUGUUAAUACAGUGACCUUAAGUUGAUCAGCGGGUAAGAAAUUGUAGUAGUAGUAGUGGCAGUAGUGGUAGUAGUAGUAUUAAUAAUAAUUCUGUUAAUCUCUGUUAACACUUGAAAAUGUGCUGCUGCAGUUGUGGCAAUAUGUCCAACUAUGGUCAUGUUCAGUUUUGUUCACAGUUGGUGAACUAAGUUGGACCAUUAGCCCAGUACUGUCUCUUAUUGUGCUAGCAAAUCAAAUCAAAUCAAAUAUUUAUUUGUACAGUAUUUGACCAGCAUUAAAGAAGCAAAAUAAGAAGCAAAUAGAACACUUUAUUCAGAUAUGUAUACAGUGAUACCUCGGUUUAAGGACAGCCCUGUUUACGAACUAUUCAGUUUAUGAACUUUGCAAAACUGGAAGUAAUGUCUUGGUUUGCAAACUUUACCUUGGUCUAAGAACGGAAUCUGAACGGUGGAAGGGCACCGGCGGCAGGAGGCCUCAUUAGGGAAAGUGCACCUCGGUUUAAGAACAGUUCUGUUUAAGAACGGACUUCCGGAAUGGAUUAAGUUUGUAAACCGAGCUAUCGCUGUAGUAGGAUAGAAUAAAAUGGGCUUCAGUGUUUUACAGAGUAAUAGUAGCCAUGUCACAAACUCCACAGUGGAAAAUUACAGAAGUCAGUUCCUGGUGGGUUUUGCUUUCUGCAGCACAGUGCUUUGCCACACUGAGAGUGAUUGAUACAUUUUGAUCUGAGAGGUGCAAAAGGAUGUAAAAUGCACCUGAUCAUCCUGACAUAUCAUACGGUAACAGUUUUCCAGUGUCUCAGGCUGUAGUUUUCCCUAUCACCUUUUAAAAUGAAGUUAUUGUGGAUUGAACCCAGGACCUUCUGCAAAGCAUGUACUGUACCACUGAGCUAUGGCUCUUCCCUAAUGUAAGCGAAGAAGCAAAGGCAGCUUCUGUGUACAGGAUUACCACCCUGCAUAUUUUGUGCUUCAAAGUGAAGGCUUUGCAGUGGGUUAAGUAUUGAUUUGUCACAACAUGAUAACUAUAAAACAGGACAGGACACCCGCCCCCAAUUAUUUAUAUGCUGCCCAUCUGACUGUGUUGCCCCAGCCACUCACAUCAAACAUUAAAAACUUCGCUAUACAGGGCUGCCUUCAGGUGUCUUCCGAAAGUCAAAUAAUUGAUAAAAAUCAGAUAGGAUUCAUACUAACCUGUGCUGGUUCCUUCUAGUCCAGGGGAAGACAUGAGGGCUAGAGUUGGUGGUGCAGUCCAUAAGGGCAUCUGUUGCUUUAAAAAACACAAACUAGCAAACUAGCCCUACUGUUAGGUAGUGUGAGGCAGCUGCCACAGGCACCAGAUAUUGGGGGUGCAGAGAAUGGUAGUCAGAAGUUUGACGAUGUGUGUUCUGUGGCCUGCUCUACACCUCCAAAACUUACCUGUCACUUUCUGACAUACUGGAGGAUGCUGUUCAUGUCCUAUUGGUGAAACUAAGGUUCAUUUGCCAACCCAGAGACUAUUGACUGGUAGGGCACAUCUCGUCUUUUGCCUCAGGCAGUGAAAUGUCUUGUGCUAGCCCUGCAAACCAGUUAGUAUCUAAAGCAUUAAACUAGCCAAGGGCAAAGCUGUCAAUCUGGACAAACUCUUUAUGCUUUUUGCCAUGUUCCUUUCUGAAGAAUAAUUUGCCUUAGUGAGUAAGUGAUGAAAUGCAGCUCGUUUGAUUGUCGAGGUCAUGUGCCUUUUUUCUCCCCAUUGGCCCAUUUUUAGCUCUCCUUCAACGAGUAGCAGAACUGGAAAAAGUCAAUGCUGAAUUUCUACGCACGAAGCAGCACCGUGAGCAGGAAUUUAAUCAAAAGAGGGCAAAAUUUAAAGAGCUGUAUCUGGCUAAAGAAGGUAAUACUUAAAUUUACUGAAUGUAGAAAUUGUAGACAUUCAUGUGGUCUUUAGAGUAACUGAACAAAUAAGCUAUUUUAAUUUGGUGUCGUUUUUUCACAUUGUGAGUUUGAGGUUUCAACUACAUGCGUUGUUGUCUUGCAGAAUGUCACAACUGUGCACUCCAAAACGAGUCACUACCAGAAUAUGGGACGACACAGAACAUCACACCUUAAAAUGGGGAUAUAUAGUGCUUGCAUUCAUUGCUUCUGUCUCUUGAUGUGGGUAAAACCACCGGACACCUGUGGAUUAGGUUGAUGUAUCUAGUUACAUGUCUAGCUAUAUUUAGCUCAGCUUCUUUGUGCAAGUUUAGAGAACACCUCAGGAAGCGUCAACUGAUUGGAAAUGUUGGUGUCAUCCUGAAACCUCCAUGGGGAGCUGAUGAUCCCAUUUGUUUGGAUAGAAGUGCCAUGACUACUAAGGAAACGUAUUCAUUGUUUUUGUGUUGACUGUUGUAUCGCAGACUUCAAGACUGGAGACAAAGAAUGUCCUUGUUGGUAGUGAAAAGAGAGCUGGUAACUAAAAGAUCUGAGACCAGACUCAAACUUUGGUGGCUUUAUGAGUGAAAUACACCCUGGGCAUAUUGGUAGAAGUUUGGCAAGCUCCGGGUCACAGUACACAGACAGGUCUGACUCAUGCCCUUAUCAAAUUAGAUAGACUACUACUUAAAUUCCCAUGACUCCUAAAUAUGUGCCCUUAGAAAUUCCAAAGAAGCCUGAACCACUACAUUAAUGAUAAUCAUUGAUAUGUCUGGAAUUUUUUACUUGUAUAUUACUUUGGACUUCACUUUCCUAUACAGAUGGAAAGUUUGGGAAAGCUUUUACACCAGGGAUGGGGAACAUCCCCCCCAACGUGUUGAAAUCUCUCAGGGAAAGUGGGGAGCAUGUUCCCAAAGUGGGCAGGACCAACCCGCGCACCCCAUUCACACACCCUUCCCUUCCCUUCCUUCCCUUUCUCACUUUGGCUUCCCUGCUGUGUGGUGAGAAAUGGGAAGCCCUUUCUCAGUGCAGAGGUAAAAUGCUGCAAUCUGUUGAUGUAUGACGAAGCGGCAAAAUAGUACAAGUGAGGGGCAUGGCCUAAGGGGAAGGUGUGUGACAGGGGUGGGGAGACUUCAGACUGGUGGUAUUUACUUUAUUUUGUACUAGAACCCUAACCAAAGCCACCAAAGAAAAAUAUAUCAUUAGAUUUAAAGAGCAGGAUAUUAUGAACAUAUUCCGAGACUAGGCAUUUAUUUCUGUACAGGAAUCAGUACCAAUACCAGAACUGAAUGAGCUCAUAUUCCUUUCAUACCAAAGUCUGUUCCUAGUUAGCUUGCUCCAUUUCAUCAAUCUAAUUUACAUGGGAAAAUAUCGAUUUCUUGCUAUUGUUAAAACAAUUGUGCUUCAGAAUCUCCCCGUCUUGCCCGAUCUAUUGCAAAUCACCCAAUAAUCUAACAGUAGGUUUGAUCUACCUUCUGCCCAAGGGAGAGUGUUGCGGGACAGAUUAAGAGGCCUGGUGAGUCAGAUUAGGCCCAUGAACUGGAGGCUUCCCACGCCAGCUUUAUAUCACCAAUCCUAAAGGGAGAGAGGGAACUUGUAUGGCAGUGAUGUAAUGCAGAAGUUCUUGUACUAGGAAGUUCUGUUUCGUAGCCAAAGGAAUAAUUAUUUUUGUGAAAUAUAGCUGAGCAUAAGGUAAAUUUUCCCACUCCUAGCAUGGUAGAGGCAUAAGUAAGAUGCCAGUGAUCCUCUUGGUUAGAUGAAGCAGUAAACUAAGUGUAGAGUUUACAGACUCAUUUAUGCCUAAAAUGAGGAACAGCAGGAGUUCUGUCCCCUUGGCUUCACUUUGAACCUCUGCAUUAAUGUAUUGUGCUUUUAAGUGGAACUACUUUUCAUUUCAGAGGAUCUGAAGAGGCAAAAUGCAGUACUUCAGGCUGCUCAGGAUGAUCUGGAGCAACUGCGAGCGCAGCUUACGGAAGCCCAGGCUGAAAUGGAGAAUAUUAAAGCCAUUGCGACAGUAUCUGAAAAUACAAAGCAGGAAGCUAUUGAUGAAGUGAAGAGGCAAUGGCAGGAAGAGGUUGCUUCUCUGCAGGCUAUCAUGAAAGGUGGGACUGACGGAAAUGGGUGAAUUGCUAUCAAAAAAGUUUCAUAUUCAGUGAUAUCGCUGAUCCCCAAACCACUGCUUUAGUAGCACUGAAACCACAUGCUUGAGAUAUCUCUUGUAGAAACGAGAGUGUAUUAUUUGACGUUGGAAGGUUCACGUUGACAUUUGAGGUCAUUCUUCAGUAUGUUUUCUGGCUUUCUAUACUUUUUGCAGCCCCCAAACUCAUUUUGCAUUUAAUUAUACUGUACUUAGCAAAUUAUUGUCCUGUUUUUCUUAAAGUUUACUUCAAAUAGGUAAUAUAUAUAUAUAUAUAUGAAGACUCAAUCACAAGCAAGUUAGAAAUGGCAGAAAAGAGAUAGUCUUGUGUAUUUAACAAAACUAUGAAACAAUCAGCAGAAGGGAAAAAAUACAGCAGAAGUUAAAAGAAAUAAACAUUUGCCUUCCGAAUUCCUGAACUGUCACCUCCAUCUUUGUAGACCAGCCCUGGAUUUAAGAUUGGCAGGGAAGGCCAGUUUUUAAUUUGAUUUCCACUGCCCUCAGAGGUUUCAGGAAUGAUGACACACAUGAGAGGGUCUUCUCAGUGGGGGUCCCUACAGUUCCGAGACAUUUUUGAAUAGCAAGUGAGAAAUGUGCUAAAUAUAUAACAGUGUGACCUCUGAACCCUACUUGUUUGCUUGGGAAGUAUGUUCCUAAGGUGGAGAGGAUCCAUAGCUCUGUGGUAGAGCAUUGCUCUUCAUGCAGAAAGCCCAGGUUCAGUUUCUGGCUUCUCUGUGACUGGGGGUAGGCCAUCCUCAUCUUGAGGCUUUGGAGGACUGCUGCCACUCGGAGUAGAUGAACUGGGCAACUUUUGGCCCUCCAGAUCUUGCUGGAUCCUGACUGUCAGCUGUCUCAACCAGCAUGGUUGGCGCUCAGGCAUGAUGGAAGCUGUAGUCCAACAACAUCUGGAAGGUACCAGGCUCUGAACCCUUGCAGUAGGCAAUCCUGAGGUCAAUGGACCAGCAUUCUAUCUCUGUAUGAGGCAGCUGCAUACGUUGUUGAUUUCAGCAGGACAUCAAAUAAUCUGCUUAAGGAUCUCACUCUGAGACGUAUACCAGCCUUUUAAUGAGCUUGUCACCUAAAGAAGAUGUGGGGGAUUAAAGAAGUGAUGAGCAACUUGUUAUUGUUGUUGUUAUUAAACAGAAACUGUCAGUGACUAUGAACUCCAGUUUCAUCACAGGCUGGAGCAAGAGCGAGCUCAGUGGAACCAAUACCGAGAGAACGUGGAAAGGGAAAUAGUGGAUCUGAGAAGACGUCUUUCCGAAGGCCAAGAAGAGGAAAACCUGGAAAAUGAUAUGAAGAAGGUAAAUCAAAGCAUACUUCAACAUGUAGUACUGCCAGAUUUGUUUGGAAGCUGUUUGCCCAUUGUCUUUCUUCUUGAGAACUGGGAAAUAAAUAACAUAACUAGGAGUGUAUCCUCUUUUUGUCAUGACUAGUCAGCUUAGAAAAUAAAAGUAGGAAACAGAAGCUGGUAUGAACUAGAAAUGUUCUCUUUCUGCUUUGAAACUUGAAGCUGUGUGCCUGUGUUGAAUUAUUCCCACAAUAUUUAGGUUUGUAGCACAAACAUCUCUUUAAGUUAUUCUCCUUCCUCCCCUCUGUUCUCCCCCAACAUAAACUCCAUUCCUGCUAUUCUGCUUUCCCCUUGGUAUUUCCUGCUCAGGCACCCUGAGACAAGUAAGCAGGAGGAUGCGAUAGAGAUGUGGAGAAAAUGGAUAGAGAUAUUAUUUCACCCUCUCGUAAUAUUAAAACCUAGGAUCAUCCUGUGAAACUGAAGAUUUAAGACAAAUAAAAUGUAAUACUUCACACAGGUCAUAGUUACGCUACCACAAGAUGUGGUGGUGGCUGCUAUCUUAGUCGAUAAGUAAGAUGGCUGCUUACAGGGGGAUUAAACAAAUUCAUUGAGGAUGCAAAUCAGUGGCUACUAAUCAUGGUGAGACUAUACCACCUGUAGAAUUAGAGACAGCAUUCUCCGGUAUACUUGUUAUACUGGAACAGCAGCAGGAAAGGGCUAUUGCCCUCAGGUCCUGUUUUGUGCAGUUUCCAUAGGGAUCUGCUUUGCUGCUGUGGGAACCAGGAAUGUUGGACUAGACAGACCAAUGAAGGUGAACCUCCAGUCAUUCCCAUUUGGCCCCUGGUAUGGUUUGGCACAAACUACAGUCACCUGAUAUCAUGUGACUGUAGACAUGGGACAAGUAAACCUGUCCCUCCCCCACCUGUCAAAGUGGCAUGCAGGAGGUUGGGGAGGGAAAGGGUUCUGGAUCUGGCCCACUAAACAUUUGAUCCAAGGGCUCUUCUUAUAUUGACUUUUUCUUAAGCACAGGGCCAUAGACAGGAUAAUUAUGAUAAAAGGAGUAGGAGAGAAGCAUCCAUAUACUGUCCUGAUUUCAUUGGAGGAAGAGUGGGUAAACUCUAGCAUACUCAGUCGAAGUGUGGACACAACAUUGAGAGUCCAUGUCUGAGCAGCAGAUCGUCACAGAAACCUGUGUAUAAGCAGUACUUGUGAUCUGAAGAAGCAUAUAUGAAAGAUAGGCCUAGCAGCCAUAACUCAGUCUGGUCUCCAGUCAUAUAACCCAUGUGUUCAGAGGCUGUGAAUAUUUGACAACAGGUCAAUAGGGCACAGGUAUUGCUGCUCUUGUGAACCUCUGUUAGCCCAUGCCAAAAUGUGCCUCUUGGUUGCCUGACUCGAUCGGAAGCAGUGCUGCUGUGGGGUAGUGUGGGAGAUGGGCAAAUCUUAAUGAGGUGUAGCCCACCAGGAAAUUCUCUUGUGCAGGUCCUGUUUGUUUCAGUGGGACUUGUAUAGGGGAAUUCCUGGUGAAUUCUUCCUUGUACAAACAUCUUUUUUUUGUCUCCUUGUAUGCAUAUCCCUGUUGAUAUAAUUUGAAAAUGCAUGCUUUUGUGUGUGUUUUUAAAAAUAGAGCUGUUAUAAUGAGAUGCAUGUGAAAUUUUACGUAAAGUACUGAUGCACAUGUAGUUGUUUUUAAAUAAAUAUCUCAAUCUUUUGUCGCUGAGAAUUGGUGUUUUGUGAAAUGCAGGAAUCUGCUUCCCUUAAGUCAUAUUUCUAAUUUUACACACAAAGUGUGGUUAUAGUAAAACAUACUUAGUUUUUUGGACAGAAUGGGAGCCUUAAUGCUUAGGCUCCUCUGUGGACUAAAAAUGAUGGCAUUGAUUGAGGCAUUUAAGGAGUUGGAAGCUAUUUCCUGGAACGCAUCAUCUGCUUAAAAGGCAGUAACAUCUUGACUUUGUGUGUGUGUGUGAGAGAGAGAGAAUGAGAGAAAUUUGCAAUUGUGCAAUUAUGGCUACUAUGUGUAGUUACGUUCCUGACAUGACAUAAAUACUUGUAGAUAUUGGCUGACCUAACUGGCUGCUUUUUGGCUACUUAAAAUUAACUGGCAGGGGCUGAUACGUUCCUGUGUGUUGAUGUUACAGGUUUAAGGCAUGUUUGCAUAAUAAUGUCUUCAUUAUCAGCUGAGAGUGGAGGCAGAGGCAACCUGUGUCCCUCCAGAUGUUGUUGGGUUACAGUUCUCAUCAUCUUUAACCAUUGGUUGAAGCUGAUGAGAGCUGGAGUCCAACGGCAUCUGUAGGGCCAUUCAAGCAUGAAAGCAAUAGAAAGAUGGUAUCCCUGUCCCAACCUGAAAUAACUGCAGCAGGGUGCAGGAACCCCCUGUCCUGAUGUGAAAUGUUGGGCUGCGUGGAAAGCACGACAUAUUCAUAACUAUUUUGAAUUUUUAAUUCUGUUGAUGCCUCCCUUAGCCUUCAGUAAGUUAGGCUUAAAAAUAUAUAUAUAUUAAAAUGAUCUGGGCCAUGACUGUUGUCAGAGGACACAUUAACACAGAAGCCUUGUUUGAAGUUAAACAGGCCUGGUCAGUGUUUUUUCAUGGUAUCAUUUUAAUGUUCUAAGUGAAUUGUUGAACUUAGAAAACUUUGGCUGCUUGAUUCAGCAAGAGCUGCUAAUUUGAGGUCCACAGUUCUGUACUUGAGAGUAAGUCUCAUUGUGAGACGUGCUUCCCAGAAGACUAUGCAACAUAUAGCCAUCCUACACAAACAUGUUUGCUACUGAAAGGCUACAAAGUCUGAAACCUCUGAGCUCUGUGGCCCAUCUCAGUCUUCUGAGACAUUUGGGGCAUGUGGGUUGCAUAGGAGUAUUCCAAUUUGAGGCUGCAUUUCUGUUACAUUUCAAGCAAUAGAACAAUAAAUGAACCCUGGGCCAUUGUUUGUUUGUUACAUCGUUUAAUGUUGACUUCAGGCCCAAGAAGAUGCAGAGAAGCUUCGUUCAGUUGUGAUGCCCAUGGAAAAGGAGAUUGCAACUUUGAAAGACAAACUGACAGAGGCUGAAGAAAGGAUAAAGGAGCUGGAGGCUUCAAAGGUGGGUGAGGAAAAUGUCCAAAGAUCUUGUGUUUGUAAGAUUGCAAUGGGGUCAUCUGCCUUGAUACAGGAAACUAAUAUUUUUCAUAGACCGUGCUUCUCAAACAUCUUGAAGUGGGACCUGCCUGUGAACUUAAUAUUUCAAGCCCUGUUUUCCCCACUUGUCUUCAGCAGAGGAUUGUAGAAAAUCUUGUAUAGCAGGCAGAUCUUGAAAGAUAAGCAAGCAACAUGUGUUAUCUAAGUCUAAAGCUUCAGGCUCUAUCUUUCCACAGAUAGUGGUGGGGAAGGUAUUGUAGAGAUGUCAAAUUGAACAGGGCAGAGAUGGUUGUGUGGACUAGAGAACUACCAGUAUGUUCAUUUUGGGAUACAGAAAUCUUGUAUGUAUGUGGCCUUUGAGUUGGUGUCCUCUGUGUUCUGAACAACAAAGAAUACGUUCCAAGAUCUAUUUACUGUUCUUUGACUCUAGUUUUUCAUCUUGGCAAGUAUAUACACUCAUUGCAGAUUUGUUAGUUUCUAGCAUUUUCAGAUAGAUUUGAUUGACUUCGAUGCUAGUAAGUUCUAGUGAUUUACUAGCUUUCUAUUCAAAAUGACUAAUGAUAGUAUCUUUAAAUGCUGUUGAGCAUUUAAUGGCAAAUAACAGGAGCUUUGCAUUUACAAUGGUUGUGUGUGCCACCACAAAAACUUGAUGGCAACUAUAGAAUUGGAGUAAAGGACUCUCAGUGGAGUUUGUUAUUCCUAGAAAUGUGCUUGAAUUCACUAAGUGGCUAUUAACUUCAGUCUUUUAAGUACAGCAACUGAAGCCAACUGCAUGCAUUUCACCAUAAUCUUCCUCUGAUUGAUUAUAUACCUUUUUCAGGUUAAAGAACUGAAUCAUUAUUUGGAAGCUGAGAAAUCCUGCAGGACCGAUCUAGAAAUGUAUGUGGCUGUUCUGAACACUCAGAAAUCAGUUCUGCAGGAAGAUGCAGAGAAGCUGCGGAAAGAACUUCACGAAGGUGUGAAUUCUCCCCUUUGCUAAAAACAUAGGAGGUGGCAACAGUAGACCUGUGCUUUAGAUGAGGAGCGGGCAGCCAAGUGCUUGGGCUGAGCUGCAUGCCCACAUUGGCUUCCAGAGUCUUCCACUUACUUUCCGCACAGUGGUAUCAUACAGAGCGUGGUGCUGGGGAUCAUUAGAGUUUUAAUCACAGGGCAGUAAAAAAGGUGGGGAUUUGCAGGCAGGGCUUGUCCCAGACUCCAAUUCUGCAAUUAUUUUGCACAUAGUUAAACUAUGGAACUGUCUACCAUGGGAGGCUACCCACUUGGAUGGCUUUAAAACAAAUUCAUGGAGGAUACAGCUAUCAAUAACUACUAGCCAUGAUGGCUGGGCUCUGGCUCCACAGUUGGAGGCAGCAGUGCUUCUGAGUACCAGUUGCUGGAAAGCACAGGAAGAGGAGUGUGCUCUUAUGUUUGAGUUUCACUUGUGGAUUUUCCACAGGCAUCUGGUUGGCCACUGUGAAAACAGGAUGCUGGACUGGAUGGACCAUUGAUGCCAAGAAGCAAUGGGGAGGCAGGAGGUGGGCCCCUCCAAGCAUGUUAAUUGCUUAUUUACAGUCAACCAGGGUAGAGCCUAGCCUAGAUCAUAUAAAUGGUGACUCUUGCGAGAGUAAGUGCCUUCUUUGUUUCUGUGCAAGAAAAUGUGAGCAUUUUCUUAGAUUUAAGUAAAAAGCUCUAAUGUGUGGAAUAGCAAACAAAUGUAACCAGAGUUACUUGGGUGAGAGAAGUGAAUGGUGACCAUUAAAACCCCAAUUCAUUAUCCUUGUCUGUUUCUGCAUAGUCUGCCAUCUACUAGAGCAGGAACGGCAGCAGCACAACCAGCUGAAGCACACCUGGCAGAAGGCCAACGACCAGUUCUUAGAGUCACAGCGUUUGCUGAUGAGGGACAUGCAGUGGAUGGAAAUGGUGCUGACCUCUGAGCAGCUUCGGCAAGUGGAAGAGCUGAAGAAGAAAGAUCAGGUUGGUGUGUGGGUAUGUGUGUGUGUAUGUAUGUGUGUGUGUGUGUGUGUGUGUGUGUUGCAAUCAAAUAUUGUUGCCUUUUUCAGAGUACAAUAAUUGUGGGUGUUUGGUGACAAGGAGGCUGGAGGGCAAGGAUGUGGGGAGCAUUUGUUUCUGGGUUUCGAAUAUUUUUUGACAUAUGUUAUUAAGGCAGAAAUUGUUUCAAGGAGGUUAGUGUUCAUUGUCAUGUCUGUACACAUUUACAAUGGUUUAAUGUGUUGUGUGUAUGUAUGUGCACCCAAGAUAGCUGGGCUUCUUUGUUUUUCUUGUAACUGCUGUGUUUGAGACAGCAAAUGUUUGUUUAUUUGUUUCAUAAAAUUUAUACACUGCUUGAUUGUAAAAAAACCAAAACAACCUCAAUGCGUUUUAUAAAAAGACCUGCUCUGCGUGUAUUUGAUUUCUCUGUGAAGGAGAUCGCUUAUUAUUCUUAGGUAACACUGAAGCCGAGUACAGUCUCAUCCAUAAAAAGGGUAAACAUUUUUACAUGUUCAAUUUCUAAAUGACAUGUGACACAUAUUUGUGAGAUGCAUGCGACUUGCUGCAAAUGGCUCUGCAGCUGCGUUCACUUGCUUGAGUUUUGCGCUUGGCGUGCACUUUCAGUUCUUGCCAUGUGCGUAAGACGAGGGGUCUGUGGAGAUCCUCAUGCUCGGCUCAUAAAUGACCUAGGAUUUGCAAAUACUGGAGGACUAUUAUGAAGACUCAAAAUGAAUGUGAGCAGAAAGCAAACCUGUUCUUCCCUGCUGCAUUAAACCCACAUGUCCCAAAGCUUCCCUAUGGUAGAGACCUUUUGCUUCCAGCAGCAGUUUCCCCUCCAGGCAGCCCUUCAGAUCAUCUGUCAUGCAAACCAGCUGCUUCAUUUGUUUAUGCUUGGUGACUUGAAAGGCUGCACUUGGGCUGUGGAAUGUGAGCAGAAUCAAAGGGGGCGGGUGCUGCUUGCAGUUGGCCAUGCCUGUGUUGAAUUUAACUUGCAACAAUUCCAGUAGAUGCACUUGCAUAGUUGAGCACCCCUGCUUCAAGUUUUUGACCCAUCCCUGUUUGUUAACACACUUGUGGUCUGGACUGAGAUCUAUGGAGGCCUGAUACCAUGUGUGACUAAUACUAAUUGAUGGCAGCUGACUUCUAAGCUGAUGCAAUAGCAGUACGCCUAGAUUAGGGAUGAGGAACCUAUGGCCCUCCAGAUGUUACCAAACUGACUCCCAUCAGCCUUGGCCAGCAGUGCUAGUGGUCAGGGAUGAUGUAGUGCAGCAACAUCUGGAGAGCCAAAGGUUCCCCUUCCCUGAUCUAGAUGACUAGAGGGUUGUUGUUGUUGUUACAAGCUCCCCUGCCCCCAACCUUGCAGGGGGAGUUGACUAGAGGAUCCUUUGGGUACCUUCCAACUCUGUGAUUCUAUUAUUCGUCCACCAUUUUGUGAUUGUGUUCAGUUGGACCUUAGAGCUCGCAAUUAAUUAUUCGUUCAGUCCAGAACUUGAGUCAUUCUGACACCUAAGGCUCCAUUUCUCUUUUGUUUGCAAUAUUUUCCUUUGGGACGUUCCCCCCCCCCCCAUUCCUUCCCUGCUUAGCAAGGUGCUCAGGCGUCAUCUGCCACCUUGAAAUUCAUAAUGGUAUAAGUGACGCUGAAAGGACAUCAAAACACUUCAUUGUUUUUAGGAAGAUGAAGAGCAGCGGAAACUUCAUAAAAGGAAGGAAGACAAACAGAGAGGCCCCGAUGAUGAAUCGAAAGUAAGCUCCAUCACUCAUGAUGAAUCCCUUCCGCAGUUCCUUGGUGAAGAGGUAAAGCUGAUUUGUUUAGCAUGUGUUUCCCAAAACAUUAUUGAUUGUAUUUAAUUUUAGCAAACGCUACUGAUGGCAAAAAUCAAUGGAGACUCCUUGGUAGCCAUCUUGGCUUAUUCAGACCAAUACUACAAUGUGUUGAGAGCAAACUGCGACCCUUAUCAUGGAUUCCAGGGUUCAAACCCCCACUUUGGCCAUGAAGCUCACUGGGCCAGUCACUCACUCUCAGUCUAACCUACCUCACAGGGUUAUUGUGAGAAUAAAAUGUGGAGGAAGAGAACUACCUACACCACCUUGAGCUCCUUGGUGGAAAGGUGGUGUUUAAAUGUCAACAUAAAAUAAAUAAAAUAACCUGUAAGGAGUGCGACACGGCUUGGAGGACAGGAUGCACUUCACUCUUCAAAGGAACAAAGAACCGUGUUGCAUGAGGGUAACCUUAAACCCAAUACCCCCUGUGGCAGGCAAGUCCUUCACCUUGUUGCAGUAACAUCUAGGGAUAUUUUCCAUGUGAUCCUGUCUUGUCACAUGAGUUUUCUCAUUCACUGCUACUUACUUACAUACAUACAUAAUUUUAUUUGUAUGCUGUCUUCCACACCAUGCUCAAGCUGGCUUGAAGCAUGAAAAAAACCACAUAACCACAACAUAACAAAAAGUAGUCAUAAGCAAUAAAUAAAACAUUAAAAAAUACACAACCAAACUGAACAAUUUUCACAUAAAUCACAAUAAGUACUAUAAUAAAGUUACAAAAAACCAAUAGCAACAACUCCCCCCAAACCCGACAUCACCCUAGUCCAAGAGUCUGCUCAGCAGCCUCAGCUUUUGUAGCUGGAGUCAGUCAGGGACCGCCCUCGCAGGCCAGGUGGGAAAGGCCUGCAAGGCAGGGAGCAGGUCUUCCAGGACUCAGCCAAGAUGGUCUCCUGCCACCUCAGCAGCCCCAGCCUUUGUAGCUAGAGUCAGCUUGCUUAUCAUGUGUUGCCAAACUUGAAGUCUUAGCAUGAUGAAUGGUAUUUUUUGUGUAUGAUCUGCCUUUUAAAUGUAUGGCUAUAGUCUAGUAAAUGUGAAACAAAUGGUGCUGGAGUAAGACAAGACCUAAAUGAGCAGAAUGUAAUUUUCCUUGGCUUUGCAUAAGAUUUUGGCAAGAGAUACCGCUUGUUGGAAACCACAGGAGGGGAGAGUGUUCUUGUGCACGGGUGUUGCUUGCUGGUUUCCCUUUGAGGCAUCUGUUUGGCCACUGUGACAACAGGAUACUGGCCUAGAAGGGCUUCCAUUGGCCUGAUGUGGCAGGGCUUAUCUUACAUUCUUGGGCCUGUCCUUUUAAAAAUAGUUUAACAAUUGACAGUUGAUAACUAUAUACUCAACAUACUACUCAGCCUACAAUGGAAUGCAGAUGUUUCAGCUCUUUCCCAGUGAAUUCCUACACUGUUUUGUUUUUGUUUUUCCUUUUGAAAUAUUUCCCUCAACCUUUGGGACCUUCCCCCUCUUUUUCGGAAUGAAACAUGAGGCAUCAGUUAUCCAGCAAUUUUCUAAAGCCUUAAUGUCACAAGAAUUAAAUCCUCAUCUUAAAACUCUGGUAAUAUGCACAUUAGUAGGGACGCGGGUGGCGCUGUGGGUUAAACCACAAAGCCUAGGGCUUGCCGAUCAGAAGGUCUGUGGUUCGAAUCCGCAUGAUGGGGUGAGCUCCCAUUGCUCAGUCCCUGCUCCUGCCAACCUAGCAGUUCGAAAGCACGUCAAAGUGCAAGUAGAUAAAUAGGUACCGCUCCGGCGGGAAGGUAAACGGCGUUUCCGUGCGCUGCUCUGGUUCACCAGAAGUGGCUUAGUCAUGCUGGCCACAUGACCCAGAAGCUGUACACCGGGUCCCUCGGCCAGUAAAGCGAGAUGAGCGCUGCAACCCCAGAGUCGUCCAUGACUGGACUUAACUGUCAGGGGUCCCUUUACCUUUUAAUAUGCACAUUAAAGAUUUGGAUUGCACACAAAACCUGAAUUGUAAAGAUAAUUAAAUAUGGUGUGAAGCCUGAAGUUACUACAUGCGAACGCAGAGGAGCUGAUUUCCUAAACCAGCCUUUGCCAAACUGGUGCCCUUUAGAUGUUUUGGCUGUUCCAGCUUGGGCUGAUGGAAAUUGUAGUCUAAUACACCUGCUAGGCACUGGGGUGGUGAAGGCUGCCCUUGUCCUAAACUGGGAAGUUUAAGGUAUGUCCAUGCAGGGGGGCAUAUGUGGUUCUCACCUGCUGUGCUUUGUGGCUGAGUGGGGAUUUGAACCCUGGUCUCUGCCAGGUCACUCAGCAUAAUUCUUGUGGUGGUGAAUCUGAAAUCCAUUCUAGUGAUAGGAAUUGGCUUUGAAUUUGCAAGUUGCACAGUUAGACCCCAUUAUUUAUGUGUUUUAAUAAGCAAUCUGGUAAACAACUGGCUUUGGCUUGAAUGUAACCAUUGUUCUAAGUUGAUCGCCUGGGCGUACUUGCUGUGCUGGUUUUUGUCUUCCUUAUCCCUUUUAAAACUGAGUUGGUUUUAAGUUCAGCCACCCUCAGUAGAGCAAAGUCAGUAUUUCUCCAUAUUAAAACGGAAAGUUUUACUGGGGUAUAUUCAGGACUGACGGUCUUUCCCUUGCUAUCUUGCCUAUUCUUCUUUCAGUUGCGUUGUGAAGCAGCAGAACAUAAUUCUUGUGUCUACGGGAAAAAUUCUUUGUUUUAAUCCUUUAACUUAAGGUGGCUGUAAGCCAGUUUUUCAUAGGGCAUGUUAAUAGGAUUUACAUGGGUUCUUUAAAUGAGGUUCCAUAAUAAUUGGCUCCCACCAGCACUAAUUGCCUCCUCUGUGUCUUAGUGAAGUCCUGGUAAGCCACACAAGAGAAUUGUGUACUUGAGGUUUGAUGCCUAAGCCCUUAAGACAUUUUUAUGCUGCUUCGGCCAGCACAUCGUGCCAUAUUGCUUCCUGCAAAGGCUAUACUGUAGUAAAGUAGGAAGCUGGAGUUGUGCAGAUGGUUUUAAGCAGCACACCCACCCACCCCUGCAUUCAAUUCAAAAAGGAGAUGUACUGCUACAGGCAUGCUUAAAAAGGAUGUUCCUUUCAGAUUAAGUCCCAUGAGCUUGUUCACAUGAGAGGGGCUUUGGGCUCAGUGGUAGAGGGCAUGCAUUGCAUGCAGGAGAAAGUCACAUAUUCAUUCCCCAAUGGCAUCUCCAGGUGGUCCUGGGAAAGAUCCCUUCCUGAAACCCUGGAAAACCACUGCCAGCCAUGUUGACAACCCUGAUUGUACAUAGACCAAAAGUCUGACUUUGUACAACGCUGCUUCCUGUUUGGUUAAAAAAAAUGCUUUAAUUCUACUUUAAUCCCCAGGCAACAGUCCUGAAUUAGCAACCUUCUUAAUGCUGUGAAGGAAUUAUAGGAAAUAUUAGUCACAUGGAAUAACAAAAUCAUUAAAAGAUAGAAUUGGAAGGAACCCCGAGGGACAUCUAGUCCAACCCCCCUGCAAUGCAGGAAUAAUUUUUGCCCAACCUGGGGCUCAAACCCACGGCCCUGAGAUUAAGAGUCUCGUGUUCUACUAACUAGUUCUUUCAGGUUUCUGUUGCUAUGUGCUUCAGGGAAUUUGGGACUCUACCCUCCUCUACUGGAGUCAUGAGUCUAGUUGGGGGUGAGAGUGUGGGGUGUGGAAGACAUUGAUCAAAGAGAUUUAUUUUUCUUCUCCCAUAUAUAAUAUUGGGAUGUUAUAGGGUUGCCUGAUUCACUAUAGGUGUACCGGUAGGUCAAACAACAGAAAUGCAUACGUGAAGUUUCCUAAGGCAAAGUGUGAUAGUGGACACUAACUUGCCAACCUUUAGAAAGUAUUAGACAGACCUGUUCUUCUUCAUCUGUUUAUUUGUGGCAAUUGGCCAUAACAUUUAAACAGAAUGUUAGUAUUUGUAAAUGUAAAAUACUGCAUGAAACCAACAGGAGUUGGCGAUUGCUUUUGUGCUCUGUAUGUAGCUUUCCUAGAAGCAUCUGGCUAGCAGCUCUCCCAAGUCAAAUGCUAAACUUGGUGAAAUUUACAAGGAAAGAUCUCUGGCUGAAACUUUUCAGAGCUGCUAAAAAAUACAAGGAAAGCCUUCUGGAUCAGGCCAGUGAACUGGUACUCAAAAGCAUUACUGCCUCCAGCUGUGGAGAGCAGAGCCACCAUGACUAGUAGACAUUAAUAGCCUCCAUGAGUUGGUCCAGUCGUCUUUUAAAACCAUCCAGGUUGGUGGCCAUCCCUGCCUCUCAUGGGAGCAGAUUCCAUAGUUUCACUGUGUGCUGCAUGAAGAUGGGCUUCCUUUUGUCUGUCCUGAGUCUUCCAAGAUUCAGCUUCAUUGAAUGUCCAUGAUUUCUAGUGUUAUGAGAGAGGGAAGAAAGCUUUUCUCUAUCUGCUCUCUCCAUGCUUCAAAACUUUAUAAACUUCUAUCUUACUUGCCUUUCCUCUGAAUGAAAAAGUCCCAAACAUUGCAAAGAAAUUUGAGGAAAGGUGCCAGUCAGGGUAGACAAGAUUGGGUCUUGGCAGCUUCUUCUCUUCUCAGCUGUAAGCACUGCCUAAGUGUUUUUUAUCUCUCUUUAAAUUAUAGGUGCAUAUAAACAGUACUCACGGUUCAGUCCACUCACUCGACACCGAUGCCCUGCUGUCUUCGGGAGAAUCUCUCAAGUCAGACAACGACAUGUUCAAAGAGGGGCUGCGGAGGGCACAGUCAACGGACAGCUUGGGAACAUCAGGAUCCUUGCAGGCCAAAACUCUGGGCUACAACAACAAAGCCAAAUCGGCUGGGAAUCUUGAUGAGUCUGACUUUGGACCCUUAGUUGGGGCGGACUCUAUGUCAGAGAACUUUGACACGGCCUCCCUUGGCUCUCUGCAAAUGCCCAGUGGGUUUAUGUUAACCAAAGACCAGGAGAAAGCAAUCACAGCGAUGACACCAGAGCAGGAGGAGACAGCAUCCCUGCUCUCCAGCAUCACACAGAGUGUUGAGAACGCUUACGUAUCUCCUAGCGGUUACAGAUUAGUUAGUGAAACCGAGUGGAAUCUCCUUCAGAAAGAGGUAAGUUUUGUAUCCACCAUCUUCCUCCCUCCUGAAGAUUGCUGCUGUGGAGGAUGGUGCAUCCACCAAGUACAAAAAACUUCUCUGCCCUGCCCAGAAUCCUUAAACCUCCACCAGCACUUGCUGCAGCCGCCAUCACAGUGCAGUCUUCUGUGAUACUUUGGCAUUGUUUUUACAGAGUUUCUGCAGCUUCUAUGGCAAAUGAUUAAUUUUAUGUUCUCCAGGUGCAAAACGCUGGGAACAAGCUGGGCCGGCGUUGCGAUAUGUGUUCCAAUUAUGAGAAACAGUUGCAAGGAAUCCAGAUCCAGGAGGCAGAAACCAGGGAUCAGGUGGGUCCAAGGUUGCUUUCUUCCAUGCAAAAGGGUCUUGAUGCUUAGAAGUUGCUACCAGUUCACUGAGUACUUACAGGGCAGCAUAGCUCUCGGCUGCAUGGACGUUGGCAGAAGUGAAGCUGGCCAGCCUUCAACCUUUGAAAUGAGAAAAUAAAAUGAUUCCUGGAGUGUCAGACAGAAGUAAAAUUUUCACAUAGAACUAUUACUAUACUUCAGUAUAAAGGAGAAGAAAUGUUAACACUUGCGGGGUGGGUUUCUGUGGUUCCCAGAAUUGCUUCUUUUCUUGUAAAGUAUAAUUUGCUUUCAGGGUAGGAAACCACUUUCUUUUGAGGGCCACAUCCACAUCCCUUUGCAGUAGUAAUGUGUUAGGGGCUGCACCCUGGGUUGGUGUUGGGCAGGAGCAAAAGUGGAAGGGGGUCAGACUCUUAUUCUCUUUCUGCCAUCAUCCUUCCCCCGCACCUUCCCCUCCAGUGGGCUCCUCAGGGAAGGAUAGAUCACUUUUGCCAGCGAUCUGAACUGAUUGCUUGCCAAGUGAUCUUUUCUCCUUCCACAUGGCUCCAUCUGUCCGGCCUUUCUUCCUCUCCUGUCGUCAUCUUCCUCCUGGCUCCCCACCUCUGUAAAAUUAGGCCAUGGGCUGUAUGAAAUUAGGAAACCAUCCUUUCUCACUCUUUAUCUUCUACAUUGUCUUCUGCAUCUGCUUCAACUUUGUUAAAUCUGACGUAUCUAACAGCUCCCUAGCAGUAUUCUUUUAUCAGCUGUGUUAAUAAUGAAAUCAAUAAUCCACUUCCUCAGUUACAUUAUACAAAGAUCUGAAAUGCUUAACUUCAUUGCUGUGUGGCUGAAUGUUUCACUCUUGCUCAAGUUCUUGUUAGGCUCUUUCUACUUACCUGUUGUUCAUAGUUUUUUUCCCUUUUAUUUUGUCUCUUACACACAGCAUUUUCUUAGUUUACCCUGGUGUUAUAUGGGUACUUUCUUAUGUGCCUUCACUCUGACAUUUUAGUGUACAUGUAUUGCUGGGGAAGGACAGGAAGCUCAAUGGGUUAUGUGUGUGGUGUGUUUUUUACUUGUGAGUUUACUUGCAAGCUUGGUAUUCUUUUUGUAAGAAUUUUCUUCCUUUGUUUUAUGUGGUUCCCACCCCCCUCAAAACAGCAAAAAUAUAUACAUUAACAACUCCCUAGCUAAAUCAGCAGAGCGCAUGAUCAGCAUUUCUCUUCUAUAAUCAAUUGGCAUUUUAAGGGAGAAACCCCACCUGUGUUGAUCUAUUUCCUUAUUCAACCUUCAGGUUAAAAACUUAGAAUCCUCCCUCCCGGAAAGAUCUGAUAAGAUUGCCAUUAUCAUUGGACAUUCGAAAUAUCUCACAAACAGUGACCUUUGAGUCUCAGUUCAAGAUGUGACUAGUAUAUCUCUUGGAUCAUGAGUGUUUCUUGAGUUGUGGUUUCUUAUCUGAAAGGCGGGAAUCAAUAGAUGCAUCUUUAUCUGAGUCUGAACCCGCCCAUCCACUAAACCAACCUGCUGUACUCUAGAGGUUCAGUAUGGGCCCUAGUCAGCAUGGCUGUGGUGGCUGGGGCUGAUGGGUGUUGUAGUUCAAAACAUCUGGAGGGCACCAGGUUGGGGGACGCUGCACUAAAUUAAAACGGGAGGCAGCUGGUUUCUCAAAGGCUCAGUCUAGACCCAGCUGAGUCUCCAACACCUGGGACCUCUGCUCCCUGCAUAUUGCCCAUCUGAUAAGGUCUAACCACCUUCUCUUCUGUGGUAGCCGCAAAGCUGUGGAGCUCUUCCUGUUCUGCAUCUCAGCUGCUGAUUCCCAUGCACAAGUCAAGAACAGGCAAAUGUGAAUGAGCAGCUGACGUGCAUCAGGCUUCUGAAUCUUCUGUUGCUACUCAUAGCAGGGAGAGGAGAUUAAAGGAGGCCUUUGGCUGCAUCUGGGCUCAGGCAGGUGUGAUCUGGUGGGUGGAGUGAGUGUUGUGGCCUUUGGGCCUUGUGCAGUUCAAAGACUGCCCCUGCUAAAAAUGUGUUGCAGAACAAGAACUUCUGUACUGUAUUACUUUAUUAUUAAAAUGUCUCACAUAGAGUUGUCUUGCCCCUUCCCUUCUGUGCAUAAGCGCCAUCAGUUUUACUAUUUUGGCAGAGUUGCAACACACACCAGGGUGGUGGAGGAAAGGGAAUCUUCCUUCCUAUUGCAAGUGUUACCAGUGUCAAAGCAGUUGUAAUAAAAACCUCUUUGCUGUUUGUGCAAAACAUAAAGUUUGGAUGGUUUAGGGCUAGGCAAUUCACAAAUGAAGCAUGACUCAACCUGUACUUUCAGUCAAUAUUCUUCUGAGAUUCACAUUUCUAGAAGUGGGGAGCCUGCAACCAACCCUCUGGUAUUAUUGGGCUUUAGAAGCAGCACUGGCCCUAUUGGCUGGGUCUGUUGGGAACUGGAGUCCAUUUGGAAUUCUAUAAUAGCUGUAGGUUCCCAAUCUCUGAUGUAGAGACGUUGUUUGCAAGAUUAGGGUUGGCUGAGGUUGAAUUUUAGAGUUUGUUGACUCGGGGAUGGUUUCCUGGAUUGACAAUCGUAGAGUUGUUAGGGACCCAUAGGAUCAACUAGUUCAACCCCCUUCAAUGCAGGGAUCCCUUCUCCACGUGAUCAAGGAGGUCUACAGUACACCCAGUCACAAUGCAGCACUCACUUUCUCGUAUAAUUAAUUCACAGGUCACUUGUGGCUGCAGGGAACUCUGCACUCCACCUACCUCUGCACAUCAGUGAUAACAACUCCGCUAUUGUUUGCAUGAGAGGUGAGUCAAGAGCCCCUGAGUUUGUGCAGGGGCUCCUUUCCUCUCUUUCAACUCAUUUCAGCCUCUGAUUCACCCCUUGAGUUAAAAUUGGAGGUUGAAAAGAGUUUGGGGGUUGUUAACCCAGGGCAGCCUUUUUGCCAACCUGGUGCCCUCCAGAUGUUUUGGACUGCAACUGCCAUCAGCCCAACCCAUCUGGAGGGCACCAGGUUGGAGAAGGCUGCCCUUGGUUCAUUGAUCAUGUAGACAAGCCCCUCUGACAGACAGAUUACCGUAACUGCUACCAGAUUUUUCAGAGUCUCUCGUGUCCAAAAGUUCAAACUCUUCUUCACAUUUAAAAUACGUUACACUUCAGCUUUUUUGUGCAUAGCUACACCUACAUCUAGAAAACUUGGCAUACUUGAUUUUUGCAGUCUUUACAGAAAGCUUUUGAUUUUUUUUGCAGAGAAGAAAAGGCAAGUUGUACAACAUUUUGAUUACAGUUAGGAAAAGAAUUUUGAUUACAGUUAGGAAAAGAAUUCUUUGCAAUGAAUCAGUUGCUGCAGUGUUGGAAAAGGUUGCAUCCUAUACAAGGAGGCCUUUGGUCACAGCCACUCUCUCAUCAAGAGUGCAAACAUUAAUUCAUGGUGUGUGUUUUUAAUCUACGGCAGUCUUGAUCCCUCCAGAUGUUUCAAACUACAACUUUCAUCGGCCAAGGCAGUUGUAAGUUCAGAGCAUCUAGAGAACAUGAGGUCAGUGAAUGCUGACCUACUGGGAUAGCUCAGUUGGUAGAGCAUGAGACUCUUACUCGGAGGGUUGUGGAUUUGAGCCCCAUGUUGGGCAAAAGAUUCCUGCAUUGCAGGGGUUGGACUAGAUGGCCCUCGUGGCUCCUUACAACUCUACAAUUCUAUGAUACUAUUGUUGGACAGUUGUCCUCACCCCACCCUCUUUUAGAAGAAAGGUAAUUUAUGGUGUGCUCUUGUCCUAACCACAUAGGUGAAGAAGCUUCAGGUGAUGUUGAGGCAGGCCAAUGACCAACUAGAAAAAACCAUGCGAGAGAAACAGGAGCUGGAGGAGUACAUGAAACAAAGCACUGAAGAUUCAGGAAAUCAGGUACAGAAAACCUGGAGAGAAGCAAAAUCCUAAAGGAAGACCAGCAGUCUGCAGAAGGGUAUCCUAGGCCUGAACCUUUUUCAUUGUAAAACCCCAGAGUUCCCUGGAAGAACAGUUCAAGCUUUUAGCAGAACUGUUUUAAGUGUGUGGGGGGGGGGGGGGGAGGGGAGAGAGACGAUUGGCAACUACUACUGUUUUUAAAAAACAAUUACUGGUAUUGAAGAGCUUUCAUUUAUUUUCAGUUGCUAUUAAUUGCUAUGUAAGCUCAGAGCAGCGUACAUACAAUUAAUUAAGACAAAACAGUCCUUGUUGAUAGGUUUGCUGUCUAAAAAGACACAGCACAUAAGCAAAAAAGGUAUGAGGAGGGAAGAGGAAAGAAGUGACCUCUCCUCAUCUAACCCUAUACUCUCAAAUGUCAAGCAUUUAGAGCCAGCUUAAUACCUACCCAGUGUGAGAUUUGGGAGAAUAACUCAAGAAAAGCUGAUGCUUCUAUUCCAGCCCUAGAUUAACCCCAUAAGUGUGAUUUCCCUAUGUAAACAGCUUCCCUUAAUGGCAGUGAUAUAAAACAAUCAACCAACCAUGGAAUUUUAGUUUGAUAUAUAUAUAUUUUAAAAAUAUAGACAAAAGAAAAGGAAGAAUGCAUGAUAAAACAAUAUCAUAGUUAAGGGGGAAAGGAAACUCCCUAAUUACAGAGUAUCACAGGCAGUCUUCUGGGGACCAUUAGAGUAAAACAAGCAAAGGAUUUCCAGACUUCUCUAUGUUGUUGUGUUUUGGCAGAAACGAUAAAAUCACCAUCACCAUGUAUAUAACUCUGGAUAACAUUGCAUGCUUUUGAUGAAAUAGACAGUAGUCCAUGAAACCUUAUGCCAUAAUAAAUUUGUAGGGGUAUUCAGCUAAGAAUAGACCCAUUGAGUAGACCCAUUGAGAUUAAUGAAUAUGACUUAAAUUACGUCCAUUAAUUUCAAAGGGGUUACUUAGUUGAAUAUUACCUUUAAUCUUCAAGGGGCCACAAGACUCCUUUGCCACUUUUAUAGCCUAAGGAGAAGUUUAGAUGUGUGCAAGUUACGUAGCCAGAUCAUAGCUGGAAAAAUAUAUGUGCGCAGCCUGAGGAAGUACCAAUCACCUUGGGCCUGCCCAUAAAAAGCAAGUUUAGAGUGAGAGGCUAUGAUGUUUGCUGUUUCCAGGAACUCUUCUCAUUGUGAGACUUUUGCAGGUGAGCUGAGAGUUGGUUAUGCCCCUGGGUGAGAAUCCAGAGGCUGAGAGGGAGAAUGUGUCAGAAGGAAAAUGAAUAGAUAUUGAUUUACAUAUAUGAGUAACUUUGUAUUAACUUGUAUUACAUGUACCAGUAACUUUGUAUCACAUUUUUAUACGUCACUCUGCAUUUUUGUAAUAUUUUGUUUUAAGUUGUCUGUUGUUGUUUCAGUUAUCUGUACGCUGAUCAGAAAGAUUUUAAAAAAUAUUUUAAGCAGUAUAUAAAUUAAGGAAUCAAAUGCAUCUAUGCUUGAAUGAUAUGUGAUCAGAAGCUUGAAGAUCUUCCACAUAGAAAAUGGAAGACAAAUGGAAUGUAUGUAAUCAUGGCCUCCCAAAUUUUAUCAACUGCUGUUGAGAAAGCUGCUCGGGUGACUUCAGUUGCAUGCUAUAUAAGAAACCAUGUACCAGAAACUCCUGCACUAAUAGACAUCCCCACCAAUCUGUCCGUGGCCCUUUCAACAAUACUGAAUUUAGUUUGAACAUACUGACUGAAACAUUGCAAGGGGCAACACACCAUCUACUGAAAACUUUGUAUAGUUCUUCCUUUUUGUGUUAUAUUUGUGUUGGUUGAUAAGGUCUUCUUUCCCCCCUCCCCUUUAACAGAUCUCCUCGCUUGUUGUUAGAGUUCAGGAGUCGGAGGCCCUGCUUAGCGAACUGCAACAGGCAUUUUCUCAAGCCAGGAGAGAUGUCCAGGACCAAAUGGUAAAAUAAAUGCAGACUUUUUUUAAAAUAAUCUUGGGGUUUUGAAUAAAUAAAUAGUGUCACUGUAUGGCUUUUUACUCCAAAUGACAGCCUUGUAAUUAUCCACAUGCCUGCCCUUCCAAGGCAAAGAAUGGUUGAUGCCAGGCAGUUAACAAGCUUGAGUGCUGUCCAUCCUCACCUACAUAUAUGUAUAUAUAUAGAGAGAGAAAUAAGGAGAUUGUACCUGGCUGACUCCUGACAGCAAAGCUAGGUGUGCAUCUGUUUCCUUGUUCUCUCUGCUUAUCCAGCUGUUGGAGGAGCCCAGAUAUACACAUGGUGGUGGGGAACCCAUCAAGAUGGCCACUUUCUAAGGAAUAUUAAGGAAGGCAGGGGAAGGGGGCACUGAGGACACUGCAGCAAUAAGAGGAGUAGGGAUAUCUCAGUUGACCAUGUCCUGAGAGAUGCAGAGGAAUCCAACAGAGCUACUAGCAUGUUGUGGUUAGAAUACUGGGAGACUAGGGUUCAGUCCCCACAUGAGUCAUAGCCUCUCAGACUAACCUAUCCCACAGGGUUGUUUUGGGGAUUAAAUGCGGGGGUGGGGGUGGGGAGAGAAUCAUGUGCAUUACCUUGAGCUGCUUGGAGAAAAAAAGGUGAGGUACAAAUGCAAUAAAUAAAUAAUAAAAUAAUGAUGAAUUCUACCUGCAGUGUAAAGGCCAGAAAGGCUGUCUUGUCAGAAGAUGGUAAAUGCUCAACCUAAAGUCUCUUGGGGACGGUUGAUGGCAGAGCUUUUAUGUCUUCCAUCUUGUCCUGGGGUAGCUUAUUCUUAUUCAGCAAUGGCCUGUAUUGCUUCCAUGGCUUUUGAACCCACUCUAUCUGCACACUAGAACAGUGGGAAAAGUGGAUUAGGGAUUACACAGGUGGGAUUCAGGUAGCUAUGAGUCCAAAGUGUCUUCCUAGUGUCGUUUGUUGCUGGCUCUGUCCCAGAAACUUCACAGUGAUAGGAAUGGACACUAGGCUAGAAGUGUUUGCCCAUGUCUUGACCAGUAGGUCAGUCUUCCAUUCAGGAGACAGGCACAAAAUAUGCCUAUCAUAAACUGGUUUUUGCCUUUAACUUCCUUCUUUUUCAUAUGUAAGUGCAGAUUCUGAUUUUAGAAUUUGUAAUACCUUUUCUUGACUGGCAGUGUAGAUUUUUCUUCAUAAUGUUACCCACCAUUAAAUUGUUUUACUGAUGAAUGCUGAAUGCAAAGUUUGUAAACAGCAAAUGCAUACUUAUUUGCACACUCAGUUCUGAGCAGUAGAACAGUUGCUGUCAUCCUAGUACUGGGUGUUUUGAAUUUUUCUUUUCACUUCAUGUAACAAGAUUCCUUUUUGUCUGUUUACCUUCGGAAUCAUGUCGGUAUGAAUUAUUGUUCAAUUGUGUCUGCUGCAAUCGAUUUUACUUUCAGUGUUAAACUUUUCUAAGGCUAUUAAAGCUCUUUGAGGUAAUUGAGAACUCUGACCUUGCAAUGGAGCAAGGGCACCCUUGUGGACAAAAAAAGACACAUCUAUCCUUUACUGCUUCUGGUAAUAUGCUGCUUGUUGGAAUGAGAAACCAUGAUGCAAUUGAUCUUUGGUUGGUUAGCUGUAAGGUGUUUUUCUGCAGCAGUUUAAUUCCCACUGACUCCAAAAUGAUUUAAAAUCACUUCCUAUCUCCAGUCUGGAGUAGGUGUUGACACAAAGAGAGGCAGUGCUUUACUUUCCAUGAGCUUAGAAAAUGUUGGAGAUUCAACUUCACUGAUUUUGAAACCGUGACUUUGAAAUAUUUGUGUGUGUUUUUUCCACCGGAGGCUGUCCUGACACAGUCGAGGGAACAUGUCUCGGAGGAGUUGUUGAGACUCCAGAAAGACAAUGAAAGCCUUCAAGGAAAACAUUGCCUGCAUGUCUCUUUGCAGCAGGCUGAAGACUUUAUCCUGCCAGAAUCUGGAGAGGUAGGAGAAUACGUUUGUGGUGAUUGACUGGAAGUUAUUCUCAACAUGAAAAGCUCAGGGAGAUAGUUGAGUAAAGAUGUACAAGUUAGUUUCAGGUGCCUCUGUGUCCACACAAACACAAAGAUUCUCACUUCUGCCCCAGUGAGAGGUUAGGUUAGUACCUGUUGACCUUAACUUCUGGGCACAUGCACAAAUGAGCUUGCUGUGCGCACAAGUGUGACAAUGAAAUAAAUGCCUGUUCCUUUAAAAGUCCAGUGUACCUGGGAUAAUGGCCUAACCUUCCCCAUUGAUUAGCAACCUGCCUGUCACAUUUCCAAAAUCCUCCAUGCAUUCAGGCUGCAAUUCCUCCCUUGAUGGUUCUGUCUACCAGGAGCAGUGUUCGAAACUCCCAUAGUUCUAGGCACAUUUUGUGACAGGGGGUUUCAUUAGUACAAGCAGUUUUUGAGCUCUGGGUGCAGUACUGUGCCUAAGAUUUCAGAUUAAAACUGUAGAGUGGAAAGAAAGGAGGACCUUUUUCUGCCUCCCCACUUCCAGCUACUCUCUUAAGACUGGAUAAGAGACCCUCUUAAGAAUAUUAGGGGGGUGGGCAAGGGAAGGACUAGACCAUGUGAAAAAUGAACAUAAUAUUUUAGCUGCAGUUCAUUCAUUUUCAGCUUUAUAUUCUUGUUAUAAAAAGAGUGCCUAGACAUUCUGUUGUUGUGCCCAUAACCUGGUUUAGAGUGCCAUUUAGCUCCUAGCUUUCAUAUCUCAGUUUCUAACACUGACCAGGAGUGGGUUGGACAUCUCUCUCUCUAGAUUCUCACCUUUUCACUUUUCCUCCUUCCUGGGUUGCUGAAAGGUGUCAAUGAUCCAUCUCUUUCUCUCUAUCAGAUACAAUGUGUCCCAAGUUUCAUCCCCUAGAGGUGAGCCCAAGUCUAAUUGGCCAUACCUGACUAAUUGGCCAUGCCACCUUCCCCCAUCAGUUCCCUCCCCUGACUCUACAGGGUGAAAAGAAAUAAGAUGAUUUCCUAGAAAAUGUGACAUCUCUCUACUGAAUGUCAUGCUUGAUCCUUGCUCCCUCCUCACUAGUAUGCAUUUUCCAGUUGUACUCUAGGAAUCUCACACAGGUGCCUCUUUGCUGAGACAUCAUUCUCUGCUUGAGGACUCUGCUCUGGUGCCUUUAGGCCAUGGGACCUUGGUGUCAGAUGUUCCUCAGUGUGGAUCUCUAUUUCCUCAACAUUUCUUCCUCACCCCGCCACCAUCCCCCAGCUGACUUUCAGAAAGAGAUUAUCUAGCAUUUGGACACACAGCUUUUUUGGGAGGGGAAUCUAAUGUUGGUUUCUCUCUUUAGUGUAUACUUCCCUCUUCUGCUAAUUUUAAAACCGGUUUCUACAGGGGGCAGGGUGGUAAAUAUUUUGUUACGUUAGGGCUGUGUCUGGGCAUGGGAAAGAGAGAGUGCUUUGUUCUAGAACUGUGUCAACCUUCCUUUCAGGAACUCCGCGACCUGGUCCUCAAAUAUCGGGAAGACAUCAUUAGUGUUCGGACAGCAGCAGACCACCUGGAGGAAAAGCUGAAGGCGGAGAUUUUGUUCCUGAAAGAGCAGAUUCAAGCUGAGCAAUGUUUGAAAGAGAACAUAGAGGAGACUCUGCAGCUGGAAAUAGAGAAUUGCAAAGAGGAAAUAGGUUAGAAAAGGGCAAGUGCUGGGCCUGGAGGGAGAGGGCAGCACCGAGCACCAGAGCAGAAAGGUACCCUGAGCUGGAAGGAAACUGCUCCUCUAGUUGCACAGAAGGAUCAGUGCCAUUCAUUGCAUCUAAACUACACAAAUGCUCUGCAAUAACUUGGUAACCCUUUCAAGAGCCUUGAAAGGUAGUUUUCCACUUCUCGUCCCCCAUAUUGAGAGGAGCAUCCCAAGAAACUUUUUCAGGGUCAUGCCCAAUGUGCUUUAAUGAAACCACUUGAAAUAAGUCCAGUGUUUGAAAUGGGAUCCUGCAACCAAAUAACUGGCUAGUUGAAAUUGAUAUGGGAAAUUUCAGUACUUGUUUUCUCAUCCUGCCUCUAGCCGCUACUUCUUGACCCUCCUUGCCUCCUUAGGGUUGCCAGUUCAAUCCUCUAGUGACAGCAGACAUAGCAUGCAGCCUGUCCACAGCACUUGCCUCAUUAUCCCCUUCUUAUUUCCUCUGCCUCAAUCAGACACUUCCCCUUUCCCUAGGCUCUUCCACACUCAAGUGCACUCCUCCUCUGGCCAUCUUGCUUAUGGAAUUCCCUGCUCCUCCCCUUUCUAGGACCAUUUCCCAGUCCUCAGCCUGCCAUACAAAGGUAUUGGUGGCCAUAGGGUCUGUGUGAGACUUUAAUCAUAGCCCAACACAACAGUGGUUGUGAUUUUUUAAAAAAUUGAUUUUAUCUUUUUGUAAACAGCUUUGAGGGGUUGGUUUGGGGUUUUAUUGUGUUGUUUUUUUGCAAUCAAGCAGGGUAUAAAUAUUAGGAAAUAAAAAUAAAUCCAUAAACAAGAUUUUCCUCCCGCCACGGAAACUUCUUAUCUCUACUGAUUUUAGAUAGAUGGCAUGAGCUUUGUGUCACAGGCUCAGAGUCACAGGACAAGAUGCUUCAUAUUUAUGCCUGAGAGCUAGUAGGUUCCUGAGAACAGAGCACAGGUAUGAGGGAGCCACCUGCCACUGCUCAGCCUCCUUCCCUUUGCAAAGGGAGGACAGGGCCCUAAUGUUCUGUGCCAAGAUAAAUUGAGAGGAAAAAAUCAGCAGCUAGAGGCUCAGAAAGGAACAUACACAUUGAAAUAUGAUAAACAGUCUUUUAUGGAAUUCCAUCGGUGAGAAAGUGGUGUUGGCGACUUUAGACCCUACCUGGCCAGCAUGAGCUGAACACAAGGUUGGUUAAUGAGCUGAAAGUCUCUCUCUUCUCUUACAGCUGCUGCUUCCAGUCUGAAAACAGAACUGGAGAGAAUAAAAGCAGGGAAGGAGCAGGUAAGGUUUCCACCUGAAUGCUUUAGGGGAUGUUUGACAUGCUCUGGUGAAAAACAGCCUCUCUCUGCCCACCUUGUAGCAGCAGCCCCUGUAGAGCAGGUGGGCGUCACUUGCCCAGGAGUUGCAGUUGACAUAAGUUUUCUGGGGCUGUUCAAUAAAGGAGAGUGUUCAUUGACUGCAGGCUUUUCCAUUCUCGUUUUAUUAAAGGCCAGGAAAUUGUAAGAUUUAGUUAACUUGCAGUCAGUUCAUGCAGGUGAAUGCCAGACAAGGGCAGUGUUGAACCUUAUGCAACUUAUUCUUGAUUCACAGUUGGAAUCCGCCUUGAAGGAGAAAAACCAACAGCUGGAAAGCUUGCAGGAAAGGAGAAACAGCCUUGAGGAGCAGCUGAAGAAGGAGUUGGCUGCAAAGGUAACUAUUAAUGAAAAUAGGGUGUGUUCAUGUAAAAAAAGGGGGGGGCAUUAUUUGCCACUCCAAUGCCCCCUGACCAUCAGGGCCAUCUUACAGUGCAAUGAUAAGCCCUUUCAUACAAAUAAAAACUUGUUUCAGGCAAACCUGGAGCAGCUGAUGUUUGAGGAGAAGAACAAAGCUCAGCGGCUGCAGACGGAACUGGAUGUUAGUGAGCAAGUGCAGAGAGAUUUUGUGAAGCUUUCCCAGACCCUUCAGGUAAGGUGGCUGGCACAAUUGGUGAGGCACUGAAUAUACCAAGGGGAGAUUCAGAAGAGAUUUUCCAGACUCCAGAAUCCCCAAGCUAGACUGGGUGGGCUCUAAUGCCUGAGUAAUAGUAGUAAAUUGACAGCUAGUUGCCUUGAUUAUUAUUAUGGUCACUUAGCGCAUCUGACAGAGUAUAUAAUAAUAAUAAUAAUAGCAAUUGUGGCACAAUUUACACUGAUUUAUGUUAGUUAAACCAUACACUAAAGAAAGUCCAUCUUUAUCAUCUCGCUACAGUAACACCCCAGUACCCAAAUAGCCUUUUUAAUUUCUUCCCCUCUGAUUAAAAUGUGCUCCCAUUCAUUAAAAAUGUUUCCCACCUAUUGAUCAGCUUUAGCAGCCCAACAGAAAACAAUCCGUAUGGGCUGAUGGGUUUUUCAUUGCAGUUUACAGUAUUUUUAUGAUCUAAGGUCUGGGAACCCGGAAAUAAUGAACCAAAUAAUUUUCCCCCCUAGGUCCAAUUGGAACGGAUCCGGCAGGCAGAUUCCCUGGAGAGAAUCCGUGUGAUCCUCAACGACACAAAACUGACAGACAUUAAUCAACUGCCUGAAACAUGACACCCUCCAUAGCAGGGCUCUAAGGCUGCAAUUUUUUUGUUUUGUUUUGUGUUUGUUUCUGGUUUUUUUUUUUAAAGAAAAACCCUCAUCUUUAUAGCAAAACAUUUAAUAAUUAUUAUUUAACUCUUAACUGAAAGAAGCAGAAGAUGACACAGGGGAACAAUGAUCCAGGCUGUGUUUCUGGAAGGGAGAGAUGGCUUUGUGUUGGAGGCAGAAAAGCGUCAGAUGGAGAGAUGAGCAAGAUGCUUUGGGGGGGGGGGGCUUUAGUGGGGGACUGGACUUGUCAAAAUAACCACCCUAUCCUCCCUCUCUUACCUCCACCCCUACUCUGGAAUUCGGCUCUCUUCUUUCUCUCACCUCUUCCCAUUAAAAACAAAAUAUUGUGGUGAAGGUAGUUCUGCAAAUCAAAUCUUCCCUUCUCCCCAAACCAUAUUUUGGAGCGAAGCUGUUGAACUCCACCCCAAUGAAGACUGAAGGGCUACCAGGGGUAUUGAGUGAGAGAGCAGGCUAGGCAGAUGCUGGUCUAGCAUGCUGUAUGAAUAUUUUAUAUUAAAAUAUGAAUUUAUCUGCAGGACACUGGAUUUGGGGUUUUUGAGCUCGGUGCACACAUUGUAUCUCGUAUGUUGUGCAGGAGGAGACCAAUUGCUGUUGAAAAGUGUGAUGGGACAGGAUGUUCAGGGGAUGGGGGGGGACAGUGUAGAUGAGAAGGCUCUGAAGUCGUCGAAAGAGAGGACUUGGCCUUCGGGGGAAAGCGACCACUAGAAUUAAAAAGCCUCGCCCUGCAGAUUGUUGGGGCAAGAGAAUGGGUGGCAAAUGCACCCUGGAACGGCUGCAGGAGCAGUUUGAAAACAACACUUUUUGUGUUGCCUUUAUUUCAGAGGUGGCAGGCAAAGAUAUCCUGCCCUAGUUGAGCUGAAAUUUAGGAUCUUUUCAUUUAUGGGAGGGAGCUAUAUCCCACCAUUCCUCCCCUCGAAGUGUGUGUGUGUGUGUGUGUGUGUGUUGGGGGGGUAUUUAAUCUGAAUACAAAGGACAGAGGAUGGAAUUAGGUUUUUUAUGACUCUUUAAUAAAACAAGCAUGUCGAUUUCAAGGCACCGCCAACAAAAAGUGGAGCAGGUGCUUUUCAGACUCACAGAUUUAGAAGCUGUAAAAUAUGCCGCUCUUUUAAAACAGAUUCUGAAAUGGCGGUUAAGCUUCAAUGGAAUCAUUCUUGGAUAUGCCACUUGAGAUGCAGACUCCCCUUGCUGUAGACUUUGGGUUGGAAGCUGAUCAUGGUCUGGCCCCGUUGUAAAUCAGUGGGACCUCCAUGCAACUCAUUUGCCCUCUGCAUCUAACCAUUUGAGCAUGAAGGCAGGGGUGGAAUGUACUGCAGAAUUUGGAGGAAACAGGCUUUGAGGCAGAGCCACCAUGAAAUAAACCUUAUUUGCAGGUUCGAACGUAUCAAAAGUAUUUUUUAUUUCUCUCAACCAUGAUUCCCUGCAUUUCCAGUAAGAGCGUAUUACUUCCUAGAAAGUGCAUUUUAGAAGAAGGGUUGUGUGAAAUGGGCAAGGCGUGCUGUAUCCAUGAGCUGCAACUCCCUUGCAUUCCUAGCUUUUUCCUGUAGCAGAACAGAUCACCUUCAACAGGGAGGUGCUUUGGGUGCAAAGAGCAGCCCAUCUCCCCUUUCCCUUUCUGUUCCUGCUACUGAAAGACCAGCCAUUGCUCCAUGAAGCUGAUUUGCUGGAAUGAGCCUAGCAUGGUCCUUAAUAUAAUCAUGUUCACCAUUACCUGAUUAUUUCCCAAACAACUAGUGAUCUGAAAUUCCGCUUCAUAUUUUAUCAGUGUAAGAGGAGGAAUUACCAGAGUUCCUUGCCCCCACCCUGCUCCUGCCAAGGGUCCCAUUCCAGACUUAACCACUUGGAGCCAGAAGUAAUCAGUCACUUUGGCUGUUCUGCAGGUUUCUGUUGUGCUGGAAGCUAUCUCCUAUGGGGAGUCUCUUGCUCAGUGUGGUUCCACCCACAUAAUUGCUACAGAAUCAGAAAACACGUGGUGGAAUCCAGUCUGUUUGUGUGUAUGUGUGUGUGUUUAUGGGAGGGGUGGAAUACUGCAGCAGUAAAGAAAUGGCAAGCUUGGGACGCCUACUGCUGCGAGGAACAUUUGCAACCAGUAGGAUUGGGAGAGAAGAACCUAGUCUGCAUUGACAAGUUUCUUUGGAUUGUUAAUUCUGUCCUAGAGGCUGUAGGGGAGGUUUUCCUAUUCCUUCAAGCAUGCCUGAGGCUAACUCUCCCUGUUUUGCUCCUGCCAUUUCAACAUUGCUAAAUCUUUUUCAGUAUGAGUCAGGAUGGAUUUAAUGACUCUCCUGUCCACCUUCUCUGGUGAGCCAUCUUUGGAAAAGCACCAACUAGUCAGUUUUAUUUAACUAUUUGUCUUAAAGUGGUUAGAAACUGGUUAAAUAGGAAGAAAACGAUAUAGCAUGUAGAGUAGCACAAUAAGGCCAUUACUGAACUCGUUACAGCUUAUGCAUUGAAGAGCAGUACUUUGCGAGGUCAGGUGCUUGAUUAACUGAGUUUUUCCAUCCAGAUGCCUAGUAUGGCUUCAGAGACAACAGGAGAAGUAUGUUUUCAGCUCCUGAGGACAGGGGAAUAGAUAAGCAGUACUAGAUUUUAAAACUUUCAUGGUUGUAACUAAAUUAACAUAAGAUUGACAGUGUAAUGCAGAAAUUCUCAAACUUAGAACCCAAGAUACACACAGGAUGAAUUAAAGAAGCCGUCCAAAUAAUUUAGAAAAGGGAAAAUACUUUUGUUCAAUGCCGGGAAAUCCUCAGUGAAAGUAAAUGAUUUAAUUGUGGACAUAAUUUCUUCUAUAAUUAAGCUCCCCCCCUUCUUUUUUAAAAGGGAAAGUUGUGCCCAUCUGACCUUAGGUCCUGGCUCUCUUGCUUAAUUUGUACCAUUGGCUUUCAGGGUUACGCACUGAGCCUUAGCUACUACAAACAGGGAAUAUAAUACAGUAACUCUUGAGAAAGGGGCUGUGUGCAGAAUUUAAGAGGAAAAGCCUGCAAGUUUUAGCUCUGUUCUGUAUACUUGUACAGUCUUAAUAUGUGCAAAAUAAGUUCUUGCAGCAUGUCUAACCUGUUAACAUCUUCUUUACUUGACUCCUGUGCCAUUGCUAUACAACCUCUUAAAGCAUGGUUUGGAUAAGAAUAAGGGUAGGAGGCAGGCAAGUCAUCUAUAAAUAUAGUCCCUUAAGAAAAAAAUUAGUUAAGCCUUUAAAUUCCAAAUGAGUGUCUGGAAUACUACAUUCCAAUGAACCAAGCCUCUGGUGUCCUGUGAAACUGUGGAUGUAAAAUUCUCCUGUCUACCAAAUUCAGAAAUGUAACCAUUUGUUAACUGUAUUUGAAGGUGUAUCCUUAAGAAGUGUUCCAAAUUAAAGGAGGUAAAAAGUA